GGACAAGGUCUGCCUGGGAGCUGGUUAUAGUACAGCAGUGAGCUCUUUGGAAAAAGCUGGGACGGUGUGCUUUCUGCUGAGCAGUUGGAGAUCACAGAAAGCUUGCAGAGGACGUAACAUGCACUGGGUAACUAGACAAUCUGUAACUAAUCCCUUAUAUAGACUUUGAUCAUUGGUUUACUGCAUAUCAUUUACCAUCAGAUACAGACAGAACCUUUGACAUCUGAAGGUUCUAUUUCAAUAUCACUGCGGUAACAAGCUCACCAGGUUUAUUCAACUUUGUGAUACUUCUACUGUUUGAUUUUUACUCUAGAUUUACAAAAAAUUUUUUCCUUUUUUGUCAACUAAAAUACUUUUCUAUUUAUUUUUUUACAAAAAGAAAAUCUGAUAUUACUUUUUAAUUUAUUGAUAUUUUGCUAUAUUUGUUGUUACAUCCAAAAUAUGUAUAUAUGACACCAAUGCCUGAAGACAGGAUUUAGUCAACCUUUUAAUACCUACCAUCCACUUUUGUAACUUUGUUGAUAACAUUUCACCAGUGCUGCAGUAACUAAUUUUAUAGAUCAAGUACAAUGUUUUUUUUAAAUAUGUACUGUAUUUUAUUAAUUUUUUUCCCUUUUUUCUAUUUUCUAUUCUACUUUUUUCUAUGUGUGUUUGUGAGGUGCUUUGUGUGUGAAGGGUGUAGUGUGUGAGAGAUGCAGUGUGUGUGAGAGAUGCAGUGUGUGUGAGAGGUGCAGUAUGUGUGAGGGGUGCUGUGUAUGUGUGAAGGGUGCAGUAUGUGUUUGACGGCUGCUGUGAAGGGUACUGUAUGUGUGUGAGAGGUGCUGGGUGUCUGUGAGGGGACAGUGCAUGUGUGAGGUGGGCAGUGCGUGUGAGGGGUGUAAUGAGUGUGAGGGGCAGUGUGUGUGAGGGGGGCUGUGCGUGAGGGAGUAGUGUGCGUGAGGGAACAGUGUGCAUGAGGGAGCAGUGUGCAUGAGGGGGCAGUCUGUGUGUGUGUAAGGGGGUAGUCUGUGUGUGUGUGUGUGUAAGAAGUGUAGUGUGUUUGGUGGCAGUGUGUGUCUGUGAGGGGUAUAGUGUGAGGUGUGUAGUAUGUGUGUUGCUGUGUGCGUGUGUGAAGGGGCAGUACGUGUGUGAGGGGGCAGUGUGUUUGAGGGGUGUAAUGUGUGUGAGGGGGCAGUUUGUGUGUGAUGGGGGCUGUGCAUGAGUGAGUGUGAGGGGGCAGUCUGUGUGUGGGGGGGUGUAGUGUGUGUGAGGGGACAGUAUGUGUGUGUGAGAGGGGGGCAGUGUUUGUAUGUGAGGGGUGUAGUGUGUGUUAGUGUGUGAAGGGUGCAUAGGGUCUAUGCUGUGUGUAGGUGGGUGAGAUGUAAAAAUCUAUCUUAAUGUCUCCCCCUCCCUUCUUCUUACCUUUUAGCAGGAAGGGGGAGCUAAUGCUGCAAGCCCUGGUGGUCCAGUGGUGGCAUGUUAACUUUAGGCUGCAGGCUGACUCUACUGUCCUCCUGCUGGCACAGCACUGUAUCGGAACGUUGCCAUGGUAAUGCACGGCAAAGCUCCGACCAGCCUGCUCGCGAGAGAAAGUGCCAACGGGCCAGUGAGGGAGAUCUUUGAGCCCUUGAGGGUUUACAGCAAGGCUGGCUAUGCAUGGGCGUCCUUUCAUCUCCCCUGCUGGCCUUGGUCUGUGGCCAUCGAGGACCACUGGGCAUUUUCUGCAUUACCCACCAUCUGAAAUCCCAAACUGCCCACUAGUGGGGGGUAGGGACCAGAUUGACCACACCUGCCUGAAGGUGUAUAUAUUCUGAUAAUUAUAAUAAAACAUGGUUUAAUGUAAUGACCAGUAAUUUGCAGAACACGCCACUAGCAGUUAGUGGAUAAUAUCUCUACUGUAAAUGACUGUGGAGGGACUCUUGUGGUUUAGGAACUGUGGAGAGAAUUGAUUUAAAAGGACAGAUUAUUUUAUUUAUAUAAUUAUAUAAUUUCAUUUACAAAGUAAUGGGUACUGGUCUUUUAAAUGCUUACCACUAAUUAAUUCUGAAAACUGUAACUGGUAUUCAAUGGACUACUUUGUUAUGUUUCAUAAAAGCAUAUAGUUUGUUUGAUUUUUUUUAAAUCUGUGACUAAUUCUCUAACAUAGCACAACGUCGGUUGUUGUAACUUAAUAAAUAAAAAAAUAGAGAGAGGUAGAUGAUACGUAACAAUAAAAUAAUUCCAGCAUGUGGUUCUACGAACAUAUUAGGCUAUAUGACCAAACCCAAGGAUGGCAUUAUUUUAUGUAUCUGUUAUGUUAUAUGAUUUAAAGAUAAGGUUCCUUUAAUCUUCGGCCAGCUUGCCUGAGAUUGUUGGGCGUUAUACUGCUGGGCAGCAGCUGUUUUUUGAGGCUGGUGUCUAUAAUUCAGCACUAAUCCUUUUAGUGAUAAGUUGGUAGAGAAGCUGGGGAGACAGUAAGAUUGUUGCUCCCCAGGCCCUCUAUAAUCAUACCAAUUUCAGGGGUGGGUCUGAAUUAUAUCAGGAGCUGCCCAUUAGUGUAAUUAACACUAAUUAUAGACAGACCACAACCUGUAUUACGGGGAAAUGAAAGCCUUGGAAGCGUCCUGUAGCCAUAAUCUAUGAGUAAAAGGUGGAAUGUUUAUGAAUUGUUUCCAAUUCCCCAAAAAUGUCACAUUGUCCCCAACAUUGGGAGGUAUGGAUAUGGAAUUGAGAUGGGAUCUUCUUAUUCCGGGAGAACUUCCUUGUUUUUUGCAGCUUAACAUCAGAUAUAGGCAGAGCAGGCAACUUAACGUACGAGCCAUCUGCUUCUCUCUAAUUUUAUCUUCUGUUCUCCAUUGUUACCUGGAUUUUAAUGCAGUGUACAGCCCUGCCUUUCAAGAGAGAUAAGCUAGUAAAAUUAAGUUUCUAUCAUAGAUAAUUGUGUAGUUCUCUGUUACUGUCCCAUGUUGCUAUAAACACAUACAGAUGUAAAGAAAAUCAUAAUCCACACUGAUAACAAUAUUCUGUGUAUUGAUAUACAAUAUAUUCUGCCAUUGACAAAGUUAAAGUUUGGCCAUCUAGAAGCCUUGCACGGUUAUUCACUGAAUGUUAACUUAAUUCUGCAUGGCACAAAUAGCCAAGCUAUAAUUAUAGCAUAUCUGGAGAAAUUUUCCAGAUCAGCUAUUCUUACCUCAGUUUUGCCAUUUGGGGCAUUCUGAGUUUUUUGGAUAACCCUAUCGGUGUGUUCUCUAGGACUUUGUAAUGUGAGAUAACUGGAGAUCUUCACAGUCAUGCAAAAUCAUAACCAGCAUUGGACCUACCGCCGGUGCAACUGGCGCGGCUGCACAGGGGCUCACUCGAUGAGGGGGCCUUUUGGGUUGCCCAUGCACUUAGGGCCACGCAUUGGCAAUUGUGUUCAGGGUCUGGUUGUGUGCAUCGGCCCUUCAACAGCUCAACCAGCCCCUUAAUAAUGGUUGCCUGGGAGGACACUAAGCUGCAUAGGAGGUAGAGAGGAGGGGGGAAUGGACUGAAAGAGCCUCUGACUCCCAGCAGCCUCAGCCAACAGAUUAGACCCCAUGGAAGCCACCCUCCUGCACCCAAAAUGUAGGUGGCUAAAAAUGUUUAAAUUUUUCAUGCAUGUCUGUGUACUAGUAUGUGUGUCUCUGUCUCUGUUUGUAUAUGAUUCUGUGUGUAUUCUGUGUAUCUAUUUCUGUAUGUGUAUCUGUAUGUGGGUAUCUGUGUCUGUGUGUGUAAUGGUGUGUCUGUGUAUCUAUCUCUGUGUUUGUAUGUGUAUCUUUGUAUCUGCAUGUUUCUUGCAAAAUCGGAAGGGAUUCAAGCUGUUUUUUUUCCUUCUUUGGAUCAACAUCAAAAAACAGAUGUGAGAAAGGCUGAACUUGAUGGACACAUGCCUUUUUUCAGCCUAAAUGUGUAUCUGUAUGUCUGUGUAUCUAUGUGUGUGUCUGUAUAUGUAUUUUUGUAUUUGCAUGUGUAUCAGUGUGUGCCCCUGUGUUUCUGUGAGUGUCUGUGUAUCUAUACAGUGAGGGGAAAAAGUAUUUGAUCCCCUGCUGAUUUGGAAAGUUUGCCCACUGACAAAGAAAUGAGCAGUCUCUAAUUUUAAUGGUAGGUGUAUUUUAACCAUGAGAGACAGAAUAACAAACAAACAAAAAAAAAAAUCCAGAGAAACACAUGUCAAAAAAGUUAUAAAUUGAUUUGCAUGUCAAUGAGUGAAAUAAGUGUUUAACCCCUUCAACUUAGUUCUUGGUGGCAAAACCCUUGUUGGCAAGGUCAGACGUUUCUUGUAGUUGGCCACCAGGUUUGUGCACAUCUCAGGAGGGAUUUUGUCCCACUCCUCCUUGCAGAUCCUCUCCAAAUCAUUAAGGUUUAGAGGCUGUCGUUUGGCAACUCGAACCUUCAGCUCCUUCCACAGAUUUUCUAUGGGAUUAAAGUCUGGAGACUGGCAAGGCCAUUCCAGGACUUUAAUGUGCUUCUUCUUGAGCCACUCCUUUGUUGCCUUGACCGUGUGUUUUGGAUCAUUGUCAUGCUGGAAUACCCAUCCACAACCCAUUUUCAAUGCCCUGGCUGAGGGAAAGAUGUUCUCACCCAAGAUUUGACGGUACAUGGCCCCAUCUAUCGUCCCUUUGAUGCGGUGCAGUUGUCCUAUCCGCUUAGCAGAAACCCCCCCACAAAGCAAAAUGUAUCCACCUCCAUGUUUGACGGUGGGGAUGGUGUUCUUGGGGUCAUAGGCAGCAUUUCUCCUCCUCCAAACACAGCGAGUUGAGUUGAUGCCAAAGAGCUUGAUUUUGUUCUCAUCUGACCACAACACUUUCACCCAGUUUUCCACUGAAUCAUUCAGAUGUUCAUUGGCAAACUUCAGACGGGCCUGUACAUGUGCUUUCAUAAGCAGGGGGACCUUGCGGGCGCUGCACGAUUUCAAUCCUUUACGGCGUAGUGUGUUACCAAUUGUUUUCUUGGUGUUAUGCUUCAAGAAUGCUUAGACAAGAUGGAGGAACACAACUGCAGAAUUAAUAGGUAGUACUAUACCUUUAAGAAAAACAAAAAGAAAAUGCUUUGAAUCCCCUGCGAGAUUUUAUUUAGCUUCAACGAAGUUGUAGACAAUUAUAACUUACUUAAUUGCAGAUUGGUAUGCAUUAAGAAAAAGACUUUGCCUUGGUUAUGGUUGCAACAAUUUUGAAGAGAAAGUAACAAGUCCUUAUUUAUACGAAAUAGUAAAUAGUUGCAUAGGAAAGUGAUUGGAUUUGAUUGUAGAAAUGUGACAAUUAUUAAGUAGUAACAAAGUUCUUAAUUUCUUCAUUAGUAGUUAAUAAAUGGCCCAUAGGAAUUGAUAAGAUGUAUUUGUAGAAUUACAACAAGAAUUAUGCGCAUAAUCAUUUGAGUAUUAAGUAAAUUGAUUAGGAAAUAAUUGGUGAUACUUAUGUUUUUCCGUGAGAAUCCUAAGGAUGAAGUUCUUGUAGAAUUUGAAGAUAUUAAUAUGUAUCCAAGUAUUUUAGUUGUAACAGUCCAACUUGUGUGAGAGUGAAUGAACUCUGGAGUUUGUUCUGAUCUGGAAGUAGUUGAAGACAGCGAGGUUUAUGUUAUAAAAAGUAAGCAAGCGGGGAAAGCUGCGUGGAGUCUGAGAUUGCAGUAUUCUAACCUGUAAGAGGUAAUUCAGCGUGGAGUCCAAGAUUGCAGUAUUCUAACGUUGAAAACGGAAGCUCAGCGUGGAGUCCGAGAUAAGGACAGAAUCACUCAGCAAUUUUGAGUUUGACGCGGCUUCCCUAUAAGGCAGGUGAGUGGAGCAUUAUAUAAAUGGGAGGAGCUUACUUCCGAAUGCGGAAGUAACCUCGGGGGAACAGAGUCUCGGUGAGUUAUGACACUUGGUGACUAUGGUCCCAGCAGCCUUUAGAUCAUUAACAAGAUCAUCCCAUGUAGUUCUGGGCUGAUGCCUUACCGUUCUCAUGAUUAUUGAAACUCCAUAAGGUGAGAUCUUGCAUGGAGCACCAGACCGAGGGAGACUGUCAGUUAUUUUGUGUUUCUUCCAUUUGCGAAUAACCGCACCAACUGUUGUCACCUUCUCACCAAGCUGCUUGGCGAUGGUCUUGUAGCCCAUUUCAGCCUUGUGUAGGUCUACAAUCUUGUCCCUGACAUCCUUGGACAGCUCUUUGGUCUUGGCCAUGGUGGAGAGUUUGGAAUCUGAUUGAUUGCUUCUGUGGACAGGUGUCUUUUAUACAGGUAAAGAGCUGAGAUUAGGAGCACUCCCUUUAAGAGUGUGCUCCUAAUCUCAACUCGUUACCUAUAUAAAAGACACCUGGGAGCCAGAAAUCUUGCUGAUUUUUAGGGGGUCAAAUACUUAUUUCACUCAUCGACAUGCAAAGCAAUUUAUAACUUUUUUGACAUGCCUUUUUUGGAUUAUUUUUUUUGUUUGUUUUUCUGUCUCUCACUGUUAAAAUACACAUACCAUUAAAAUGAUAGACUCAUCAUUUCUUUGUCAGUGGGCAAACGUUCAAAAGCAGCAGGGGAUUAAAUACUUUUUUCCCUCACUGUAUGUGUGUCAGUGUUUGUAUCUGUAUGAGUGUAAUUGUGUGUGUGUGUGUGUGUCUGUGUAACUGUAUGUGUGUCAUUAUGUGUGUAUCCGUGUGCUUGUAUAUGUGUGUGUGCAUAUCUAUAUGUGUAUUAGUGUGUGUGUCUGUGUAUGUGCCUUUGUGUCAGUGCGUUUGUCUGUGUGUAUCUGUAUUUGUGUUAAUGUGAAACUGCAUGUGUGUCAGUGUUUUCUCCUGUGUGUCUGUGUAUCUAUGUGUAUCUGUGUUUCUGCAUGUGGGUACCUGAGUUUGUAUCUGUAUGUGUGUCAGUGUGUGUCUGUGUAUUUGGAUAUUUGAAUGGGAUACCUGCUGACAUUCCACAGCUGUUAGUGAAUCAGGAGGCUAGACCACCGUAUGGAUCAGUUUGCCCAGGCUUUACAAACCAUACUGGCUCGUACUGCCCACUUGCAACCUGCCGUCCAAGAAGCUGUUGCUGCUGUGCCAGAACCCAUUCCUGAUCCAGUACCCGCUCCUGCUCACGUGGUUCACAUGACGCCACCUCAGCGCUAUAGCGGUGAUCCAGCAUUGUGCCGUGGUUUCCUCAACCAAAUUGAUAUUCUUUUGGUGAUGAAUCCUCGUUCCUACCCCACUGACAGAACCAAAAUAGCUUUUUUGAUUAACCAUUUGUCCGGGAAAGCUCUAGCAUGGGCUAAUCCCAUGUGGGAGAAUACGUCCCCAAUGUCCUUUUCAGACUUCUUAACAGCUUUUAAACGUACGUUUGACCAACCCGGCCGGGUUGCUUCUGCUGGCAAAGCUCUGCUUAGGGUUCGACAGGGUAAUAGAUCUGUAGCGGAUUAUACCAUUGAAUUCCGCACUCUGGCAGCUGAAGUGGUCUGGAAUAACGACGCUCUCGUAACAGCUUUUCAGGAGGGUUUGGCCGCUUACAUAUUAGAUGAAAUAGCAUCCAGGGAAAUGCCUGUUCUUCUGGAUGAUCUAAUAGAUUAUGUCAUUCUAAUUGACAACCGUAUUAGAGAGAGGCGUAGUCAAAGAAGGAUGAACACACAGGGGUUACCUGCUUUACCCAGUACUGCAUUACUAGCAUUACCUCCCCCUACUCAACCACCUCCCGAACCCAUGCAAUUAGGUGCUGUAGGCUUAUCUGAAGCUGAAAGAACGUACCGCAGAAGGGAGGGUUUGUGCCUUUAUUGUGGUAAGAGGGGGCAUCUCCGAAGAAACUGUCCUAGUUUGCAGGGAAACUCCAGCACCUAAGGCCUAGAGAGGGGUCGGCCUCGGGUGUUAUGGUUUUUUCCCCUCAUAUGUCCAUCUCCAGACCAUUUAUUACGGUUACUCUUUUGGUCAAUAAAACCACGAUAACAACUAAAGCCUUGAUCGAUUCAGGUGCUGCAGACAGCUUUAUGGAUGAGAACUUUGCUAAAACCGCAGCCUUGAAUCUGAUCCAAAAGGCCACACACUUGGCCAUUGAGGCCAUAUAUCGUAGACCACUUGAUAAACCUCUGGUGACCCAUGAAACCCAAGAAAUGGUUAUGGUCGUGGGUGCCUUACACAAAGAAAGGAUAACCUUCCAAAUAAUUGACUCCCCUACAGCUUCCAUCAUUCUGGGCUUUCCCUGGUUAGUUAAGCAUAACCCGGUACUCGAUUGGGGUUCUCUAGAUAUACUCUCCUGGGGGGUAUCUUGUCAACAAGACUGUAUGGCCCGUUUACAUCCCGUUUGUUUACUUAAUGUGCCUACAGCUAAACCACUUUCUGUUUCUGUCCCUCCUGUGUAUGCAGACCUCGCAUUGGUCUUUGAAAAGAGGGAAGCUGAUAAACUACCUCCACACCGGGAUUAUGAUUGUGCCAUAAAUUUGUUACCUGGAACGGUGACUCCUAGGGGUAAGGUCUACCAGCUUUCUGUGAAAGAAAACCAGGUCAUGGAGGAUUACAUACAGGAAUCCUUACGUAAAGGUUUUAUCAGAAGGUCCUCCUCUCCGGCUGGUGCUGGUUUCUUUUUUGUUGCUAAGAAAGAGGGCGAUUUGAGACCAUGUAUAGACUACAGGGGUCUGAAUAAUAUAACAAUUAAAAAUGCUUAUCCUAUCCCUCUCAUUACUGAGUUGUUUGACCGUGUUAAAGGUUCUAGAUAUUUUACUAAACUAGACCUCAGGGGGGCUUACAACUUGGUUCGGAUAAAAGAAAAUGAUGAAUGGAAGACAGCGUUCAAUACACGCAGUGGGCAUUACGAGUAUCUAGUCAUGCCUUUUGGACUGUGUAAUGCUCCUGCUGUCUUUCAGGACCUCAUAAAUGAUGUCCUUAGAGAUCUACUGCAUGUCUGUGCUGUGGUUUAUCUCGAUGAUAUACUCAUAUUUUCUCCUGAUUUGGAGUCACAUCAUGCCCAUGUGAGGAAGGUACUUAAGAGAUUGCUACAGAACGGUCUUUAUUGUAAAUUGGAGAAAUGUUUAUUUGACCAGAAAUCAGUACAAUUCCUAGGGUACAUCAUUUCUGAACAGGGGUUCAGCAUGGAUCCUUCUAAAUUAGAAGCCAUAUUGUCUUGGCCUCUCCCUCAAGGCCUUAAGGCAAUACAGCGAUUUAUAGGCUUUGCCAAUUACUAUCGCAGGUUUAUUAAAAACUUUUCAUCGGUCAUUUCUCCUAUCACGAAACUAACUAAAAAGGGUUUGCACCCAAGGGUUUGGACUCCUGAAGCCAUCAAAGCCUUCGAAACUCUCAAAAAGGCAUUUGCUACUGCCCCUGUGCUACACCAUCCUGAUCCUUCCCUUCCCUUUAUAAUGGAAGUAGACGCUUCAGAAUCAGGUAUAGGAGCUGUAUUAUCACAAAGAUUAUCCUAUAACGAGCCCCUCCAUCCCUGUUGUUACUUUUCUAAAAAACUGUCUGAUUCGGAAAAGAAUUACGACGUCGGGAAUAGGGAACUAUUAGCUAUUGUGAUGGCAUUUAAAGAGUGGAGGUACUUAUUAGAAGGAGCUAGACACAAAAUCCUGGUUAUAACUGAUCAUAAGAAUCUCUCCUAUAUAGCUGAUGCUAAAAGGUUGUCCUCUCGUCAAGCCAGAUUGUCCUUAUUUCUUUCACGCUUUCAGUUCGUUAUCACAUAUAGGCCUGGGUACCGUAAUGUCAAGGCUGAUGCUAUCUCCCGACAAUACGAACCUUUGGAGUCUAUCGCCCCCACUCCUGAACCCAUUGUACCCACGUCUAAGAUAAUAUCUGCUACCCGUUUAGUUAUUUCGUCUCUUUUCCUUGAUGGUAUCAAGGCAUACCAAACCCAAGCACCCUCUGAGACACCUGUUGGUAGAUUAUACGUGAAAGAAAAAGAUAGAAAGAAAUUGUUAGCUUUAUUUCACACCGCCAAAACGGCUGGCCACCCAGGGGUUACCAAAACAUACAAGGGUCUCCUUCAACAGUUUUGGUGGCCUUCACUUAAGCAAGACGUGGUGGAUUAUGUGCAGGCUUGUCGUGUUUGUGCACAGUGUAAGUCCCCUAAUGUCAAACCCCCGGGACUCCUAAUGCCUUUAUCCGUACCCAAGAAACCAUGGACCCACUUAUCCAUGGACUUUAUUGUGGAUCUUCCUUCAUCCGAUGGAAUGACAGUAAUUUUGACUGUGACUGAUAGAUUCUCUAAAAUGGCACACUUUAUUCCACUUAAGAAACUACCUUCUGCGGUUCAGUUGGCUCAGGUAUUUGCCAAAGAGGUUUUCCGCUUGCAUGGUAUACCACAGGAUAUCGUAUCUGACAGGGGUCCUCAAUUUGUCUCUCGGUUUUGGAGGGGCUUUUGUGCUGAGAUGGGGUUUUCCUUGUCGUUUACUUCCUCCUAUCAUCCACAAUCUAAUGGAGCGGCCGAACGGGCGAAUCAAUCUGUGGAGUUAUAUUUACGUUGCUUCACGAAUGCACACCAGGACAACUGGUCUCACCUCCUUCCUUGGGAGGUGAGACCAGUUGGCCGCCUGCGGUCUCCCCUCUGCUUACCUGUCAGCGAGCGGCGUCUCCUCUCUGCCACUCGCCGCCCGCGUCCUCCACGCGAAUUAUCACUGAAUUAUGUAAACGCCGGGGUCACGUGAGUGACCCGGCGUUAAAGGAACAGUACCACAAUCACAGUGGGAGGUAUAAAUAUUUCCCACACGUGUGAUUGUUAAUUCUGAUUGGAAGUUAUCCAAUCAGUAUUAAACCAAGGGUAUUUAUACUUACCUUUCCUGUCCCUCAGUGCCCUGUUGUGGUCUUGUGAUACCUGUAGCAUAGUGUUCUCGUCUUGCUCUCUGGUUACUGAUUAUUUGGCUCGUUAUUCCGAUUAUCCUGUCUUCUCCACUCCUUUGACCUCGGCUUGUUUCUCGUUCUCCCGUUUUCUGGCUCCCUUUACUUGGCUUGUCUCCUGACUAUUCUUAGCGUGCUUAGCCCGGCCACUCUAAGGACCAGUAUAGCAUCCUUCCUCUCUGUGACCUGUUAGCGUGUUAGGUUCCGGAAUCGUGACAUAUACACACCUACAUUCACACACACAUAUUCCAUACAAACACAUGCUUACAUUCAAACACCCAAACACUGCUGAGUGCUAAAUACAACCCUGCAAGGAUGGGCAAAUGGUAGAUCCCCAGCUGGCAAAGCAUUGUGGGACUUGUACCUUUGGUCAUUCUGGUGAUAGGCUGGCCCAAAAGAAUUCUUGCAUCAGGGCCUCUCUAGUUUCGUCACUGACCAUAAUGGAUAUAAUGACAGUCUUAAACAACCCAUGCCGAGAGCACGUUCUCCUCCUGCAAAAGUAAAAGAAUAAAGUGUCAACUCAUUCAGCUCAUUGCAUUUGUCAAACAUUUUAUUAUUUCAUUUAAAAUACCAAGCACAGUGCUAGUGAGGGGGCACUGGAUAGAGGACGCUCUGUCAUGUGAUCGCCAGGAUAUCUAACGCAAAAUUGGAAAUUCUUCCAAUCACCUGUGGACAACCACAGUGCCGUACUGCAGGUUGAUAAUGGGGCAGGCCACCAACAUUAACAACUGUGAUAUGUUUGUUUUUUUCUCAUAGAUUUAUCUAAAAAAAAAAGAAGAUUCUAUUUUUAGAGAAUUUUCUUAAUUCUUACUGGUUGUGUAGAUACUAUUCUAAACUAAGAUCUAAUAGUUUAGAACAUUAAAUUUUAGGCCCUGAUAUAAUGUAUCAGAAGAAAGUCCUUUCUGUCCUUAAAAAUAGGUGUUCACUAUAACGAAGAGUGACAUAACGGUAGAACACACACAUUGGAAAGGUUCCAAAACAGCCUCCUCAGGCACUAUUUAUGGCUGUGCAGAACUGUAAUGGCUUCGAUGCACUACACUCUGUUAAGACGGUCUGGAAUCCGUAUUCUGUGAGUAACGUGACUAUUAUUACAUGAAACAGAUUGCCAGAAGCUUUGCGAGUUUAAGGCAUAACUAAAAAUGAUGUAUUUAUUAUCAUUGUUUUCAUUACCUGAUUUCUAUCCUGCAGAAAUUAAGGGGAUAAUUUGGAGAUCCUAUUCUGGAUCACACUUGCCUGGCAGUCGCAUGUCAGAGUGAUGAACUGAUCAUUUCUUUUUAUUAUAGAUCAUUUUUCAUGUUUUUUUUUUUUUCAUCAGGUGGUGGCAUGCUGUUUGUGCUUGGGAGUGCUGCCCAUCUUUGUCACAUCAAGCCUGGAUUUUGGCUACCAUAAUACUCAGCUUUUGGAAGCAUACUUGAAAAACAUUAAUGCGGCAUACCCUGAUAUAACGUAUCUCCACAGCAUCGGGAAGUCGGUGGAAGGUAAGUGCAAUGACACUUUAGACAUAUAUACCCUUAUUGGCCCAAUUAAAAACAACACUUUUUUCUUAGUCAGAAUGUAAACUCUUUACAUUAUGGAAGUGGCACCAUGACACGUGUAGUCAAAUAAGAGCCUCACAACCAACAGAGUGGACUUGGCAACAUUGCAAAUAUUAUAGAUCAGUGUUGCAGAUUCUCUAUGAUUCUUUACAUUUGAAAGCUUUAAGGGCAGAGGUUGCAACCUGAGCACAUGCACAAGAAGUGAACAUCACACUCUUCAUUUUGGUUUGAAAGUGAGUGUUGCUAUUCCUUCUCACAUUACCUCCUGUUCAGGUAAGUAUUUCAGUCAGUGCGACCAGUACUUAAAGGGACACUAUAGUCACCAGAACAACUACAACUAAUUGUAUUUGUUCUGGUGAAUAGAAUCAUUCUUUUUAGAGAAAACGCAGUGUUUACAUUACAGCCUAGGGAUACCUACACUGACCACUCCUCAGAUGGCUACUAGAGGUGCUUCCUGGGGCAUUGCUGCACAGUAUGCAGCACUGACAUUCAGUGUCUCCACGCUCUGCAUGGAGACACUGAACUUUCCUAAUAUAGAUGCAUUUUUCAAUGCAUCUCUAUGAGGAGAUGCUGAUUGGCCAGGGCUGUGUGUGGCUUGUGCUGGCUCUGCCCCUGAUCUGCCUCCUUGACGGUCUCAGCCAAUCCAAUGCUUUCCUACCACUUCUGGUGAUGUCAGCCAAUCAGGCAGAUCACGGGCAGAUCUGCCAGCAGCAGACUGGAAUAAAGAUAUUACUAUAUUCAAGAGGUUCUGGUGGUGCCAGGCAGCUAGAUGGUGUUUUUAACACUAUAGGGUCAGGUAUACAUGUUUGUGUUCCUGACUCUAUAGUGUUCCUUUAAUGCAGGGCAGUCUGUUACAGUGCGCACAAAAUAUUUUAGUUUCUGGAUGUGAUGGAUGUCGGACAGAAUAUAUUCCAACACUGUUUUCAACCACAUCAAAUUAAUUAUCUUCCUUUUUAAAAUUCUUUAUUUUUGACUCAAUCCACAAAUGAGAAAGAGGUAUGUGAUGACAAAGACAAAUGUGCCAGCAUCACAGUGUGUAUAAUAUAAGAUUUGACCAAUUUGUUGUGUACAAGUGUGAUGAAAGCAAAUUAAGAAAAAUAUAUUAAAGGGAAUAUGCUGGUAUGAACCUACAAUUAACUCAAUUAUGCAUAGAAAACAAAAGCAAAGAAAAAUAUAAAAACAAAAGUAGACAUCAACAGACAUAUGGAGAAGGAGUGCAGGGUGAAGACCUGCUAUAAAAGUUUGGAGCAGCACUGGGUUAGUAACUCCUUAACAGAUGCUGAGUCAGAAGGACUAGGCUUGAGGCACAUCUUCGAGGAGGAAUAUAUUCCAAUGUUGAGGGAAACAUGGAAGGCCACCACCCAGCCCCCAGGUAUAAAAACAGACAGGUAGAUGAUGCCGGCCAGUACAGACAGAGAUAUUAUCUUCUUAACAUGUCUUGGUUGUAAUGAUAAGAGGUUAUCACUUAUCGAUACAAGGGCAGAAGAGAUUGUCCAAGUAGCACACUAUAUAGACAGAAUGAGUGGAUAGGAACCUCUCCUCUGCCCUCUACAUGUGUAGGAAAGUGUUUGGAUUGUUGAAUGUUAAAUCAAAGUACAGGUGUUGCUAAUAUACUUGUACGCAAAUCCUUUUCCCUUGCGACGCACAAAUCAAAUUCUUGUUAAUCUACGCCAGAACAAAUCGAUCCACGAUGUAAAUCCCAAAUGUCGUUAUUAAUGGAGACUAUUAGGGAGCUUUUAAAGACAUGAAUAUGAUGAGCGUUGCCUGUAAAGUAAUAGAAAGGGGGAACACCAUUAAUCUCCAUCUAAAGGGAUGACUUAUAAUGUUUUAUGCUGCUGAAACUCUGUAAACAAAACAUGAAUCUUGAGGCUUGUCAUUGAAAGUCGUGGGAUUCUGUGGUUAGCACAGAUUGCUGGCAGUUAUGGAUUGAAGUAAGCCUUUUAGAUGAGAGACAUGCAUUCAGUAAUAUAGUUUUAUGACUUAUUGUCUUUAUCUUGAUAUAGGGGUAAACGCUAUCAGGGUUGUUGUCUAAACUGUGAAUUGUUGGGAGUUUAACCCAUUAAGGACCAAACUUGUGGAAUCAUGUCACACAUGUCAUGUUUCCUUAAGGGGUUAAAGUGACUUUUAAAUGUGUGCCAAAAGUAACCAAAUUCUCUUUGGUCUGCUAUGUUUUCAUUUCAGCUAUUUUGCUUAAAAUGGGGAAUUCAAGUUCAAUUCCUGACAAUUCAUUCUUUAUUGAAUAACUUUGAAUAAGGCUCAGCAAUGAGAACCAUGCACCUCUGUCACAUUAAAUGUAGACCCUUAUCAGAGCCAAUUGUUGUUCAUGAAACAAAGUUUGGGCUUAUGCUAAACAAUGCCAUAAGGUAAUUUGCAUGAUUAGCCAAGCAUGGAGUAAAAAUAAAAAUAAUAAAAAUAGUGCAGAAUAUAUAUAUAUUUUUUUUUUAAAUAACAACCUACAGGUUGCUAGUUCUUGUGUCCCCCUUUCAGCCGCGUGGCUCUGUGUGCUGGGAGAAAGUGAAGUAUAAUCAGUUCCUCUUGCAGGGAGCAGCCAGGGCCAAGUUAUUCUGAUCUGGCAUGGACCAUGGUGCUCUGUUAAAUGUUCUUUAGUUUAGCAAGAUGUUUCUCUUUCCGCAUCUGGACCACAUAACUUGAAAGGGCCCAAACACUUGACGGCACCUGCACAUGUCUCUGCUCUUUUGGACCCCCCAAGAGGGAGAAGUCCAGGGCCCAGUUACAAUUCUGACCUUUGAGAUCGUGGGAGGUCCUUCACUGUUUGGUACCUGCUGUGACAUUUCUGAAAGCUAACGCACCCAAACAAUAUUGCACAGCCAGACUUGACUGAAGAAUGGAAUGUUGUACUUGACAAGGUGGUGCGUGGUGGAAUGCAAACCCAAAAGCAGGGCUAUGGGUCUACUCUUAAUAGUUCUAGAGUGGCAGUUCACAAAAAUGGAACUUGACUCAAAUACUUCUAACCAUUCUAGUAAUUGAAUUAUCAGGUUGUACCUUGGCUUGAUCUGUUUGGCUUGACAAACCUGGGUGUAUUAACCAUCGUCAUAGUAAAUACGUGGAGAUCAUUUUUGGGUACAUUGUGGGGUUAUAUAAAACAAGGCAUUCAAGCAGACUAGACUUGACAUAGCAGACUGGCAGUGCAGGAGCCUGUGCAUCGUCACUGACCAUGGUGGAUCUAAAAGCACGUUACCCAAACUUCAGAGCUCAAGAAAUUACAUAUAUUUAUAUGAGUAGCUUGUAACAUCAUGUCCAUACUAUUAGUGUCAAUAUACUUUUAAAUUCACUGAUAUCACCACAAGUGAGACAGGAUGAGAGCAAACUAUGGAGCAGGAGAGUGUGACGAGGUAGGGUGUCUCUGGCAUUGGCAAGGUGGGAUAUUUGGCCACCAAUUAGAUUAACUGGAAAUAAUUGAUUUGACUAAACACUAUGGGCUUGCCUGAUACAAUAUGGGCGAGGUAGCUCUGCCAUACCGUGUUCAUAGUGUUAGGUCAUUGCUAUAUAGUUGUUUUGUUAACCAAAUAAGCAGUUUCUUCCGAUAAAUGUAUUUUGCACAGUGCUGUAUAUAUGUUUGUAUCCACAGUAAUACACCCCAGCUGUCAUGAAAUAGGAAGUCAUGAUUUAUUUUGUGCCCCUGUACCAAUAUCCUAGAUUUGUUCUUUAAAGUCAGCAAGGGUGUGGGUCAGUCUUAGGGUCCAUAUAUGCCAGCUGCUGCACUCCCCUUCUGAGCAUGACCCGACCACAAUGUCACCAUCAACAUUCUCAGUUGCCUCCUCCAGUUCAACCUCCUCCCUGUCCUAUAUCCAUAGAGUCGAGUCUUUAGGGUAAUCCAUAGAUCUUUGUCCCAGGUGUUGUUUUUGUGUGUGUGUUUUUUUUGUGAUCUAUAAUGCCCAUGUGUUCCUUCAUUUCUUUUUCCUAAAUUGGAGGAAGCACUGAUCAAGGGUCCUGGCCAUAGGACUAACACUGGACUAACGGGACUGUGUAAAUCCAAGGAUUCUCUGGGCUUCACGUAUCACCCAACCAGUUGAUAAGAAUAGCUCAGUGCACUCCUGUGAUUAUCUCCAGGUUAGUGCUUCGUAUUGAUCCAUAGUAUCAAUCCUCUAAUAUGAGGACAGAGUACGUCAGGAAUAUUGAUAAACAUGAAUAAAAAGUAAAAUAGAUUAGAUAAACCUAGUUCUGUCCCACUAUAGAAAUCUAUGUUGGUCUUUAAAGAACAGUGAGCACUGGAAGGAUCAAAGACUAGAAAUAUACAAUGCAGGAUAACAAGCUCAUAUUAAAACAAGUGCAUCAAAGCAAGAAAUACAAAGGAGCUCUAUGUGCCGUAGAAAACAAACAAUGGAUAAAAUAAUAAAUGACAAAGAGAACAAAAGGUUUCUGGUGGGCAUGGCUUGUGCUUCAUGGCGGCAGGAUGCAUCUUGUUGGAGCUUCUACUCUUAAAUUAAUAAUCUACAAGUUUUCCAGCUCCUAUCAAUCUCAAAUCGGCACUAAGGCAUCCCUGCCCAGUGUCUGUACCGGACGGGGUGCCUUGGAUCGGUACCUAACAGUGCCUGCUGCCGGAUCUCUCAGGGAUACCUGAAAGACCUGGUGAAUCGCCGGAUGGGAGAGGCGGCCGCUCUCCUUAGUCCAUGCAGCAUCAACCCCUAAGGAAUUCCUCUGCUGUCCUGUUCCCCCCCUCUGGGCCGGCGGGGGUUAUCCCGGCCCCCUCUGGAUUGUUCUAUCUACAGUCCCCCCCCCCCGUUAAGUGUACCUCCCACCAAUUUCAGCAGAUCACUGCAUGCACAAGAUGGCGGUCACUCACACUUCCUGUGGGGAAGGCCCAACUCUGACACAGGCGACUCUCCCGGGCCCCAUAGAGCAAUCCCUCAUUAAGUUGCAAGCUAUUUUCAAGUGGUUCUGGGCAGCCUUGAAGGAGCGCUCAGCAGCAUCAACCGCAUCACCAACAGGUGAUCGGAGGAGUGAUCGACGUGGAGCAGGGGGACCCCGUUCGUGUGCAGCAUCUGACCACAUGCUUGGCAGGCCCAACGUUCGCCCAGCCAGGUUAAAGGCCUCCAGGGGCUCAGCCCCAAAGCAUUGCCCACACCAGCUGAGGUACGCCUGCACAAGGGGGUGAGUGAAGACCAGGACCUUGAGCUCUCCCUUGUGUGAGAGGGACUUGGACUAUGCAAGAAUCUGAGUCCGUGGCACUGAGAUGCCGGCUUACACUCCAGCCUGGGGCAGAAUGGAAGCCCUACUUUGCUCUAGUUCAGCAGCUGCCUUCCGUUAUCCUCCUGCUUAUUCCACUGGCCUGCCAACUACUGGAAUCAGGUGAUUGGGGACUCUGACUGCAUAUAGGCCUUUCUCUGCAGACUCACUAGCUGCAUAAUCGUAGUGACCGUCACCAUGUUCUAUAGUUUUGUUUAAUUUUGACCAGUUUUCUUUUAUCUUUAUUUUUACAUACAGGAGGCUUAUAAUGCUUUAUUAUUAAUAUGUAUUUUCUGCAGUAUGUGCUUUCCAAUCAUAUAGCUAUCUCAGAGAGGUCAUAAUUCUACGAUAAUAUCUGGUAACCUGCUAUUUCUGCUCUCUGUCACACACUCUGUAUCAUCCUUGUCUCACUUAGAUCAUUUUAUUUCCAUAAAAAUAUGCUCUUGUUAUACAUGCCAUGCUAGUGUUUUACUAUGUUUGAGUUUAUGUGCUUGACAAUGCUGCCAUGGCACUGUCAGCAUGCCUGUUAUCUUGUGCACAACAAAAUAAAGAAUAUAAACAUAAAAAAAAAAAAGGUUCUGAUCCUUACCUAUUGAAACAAGCACCUACGGCUGAAGUCAUGGUGGCCAAAGGCCUGUGUGAAGAAAAUGGUAACCCCGUGUCAGUGUUGGGAAAGUGUGACAAAAAACCCCAUAAAGAUGAGUUAUCCACAACAACUAGGAAAGUACAUUUACAUGAAAAAAAACAACAAACCUGUACCCACCCAAACAUAUAAUACAAAAUAUAAUACAAUGGCUCACAUGAUACAAAAGUGGAAUAAGAACAAGGCAUGCAUAUUUAAGAAAGAAAUCAACUGACUGAAUACAACUUGAGUUACAGGAACAGGGGACACACCUAAAAGGAUCGCGUAACAGAGAUGGGUAACAGCAAAUACAAGACGUAAUGGCAGAACAAAAAGAGUUGAUGAGACAGUGGAAGCGCAGAACCUGACAUACUUUCUACAAUUCUAGUUCAGAUUCCCAAUAGACCCAGCGUGUUCAAAUAUGAUCAGAAUGGAUAAGAUGCACAAUGACCUUUAAAAGUCAGAUUGCUCUAAAGGAGGUCACAGGAACACAAUACUUCAAACUUGUUACUGCACAGAAAAGUAGCAAAUAUUAAAAAGCAACAGGAUUCUAUCUGAACAGGCUAACAUAAAUUGUAUCGGGAGUUAUCGGAAAAGUCAUACAAGUUAAUCCAGAAUCACUUGCUGAACAAACAAUGUUUUUUGACUGUAGCAUAUACCACACCUUGAGAGGCCGGGAUGAAAUUCUGAAAAUGUUUCUCCUAGACAAAAUUUUAAAAAAAUUAAAAAAGAUCUCCUCACACUUAGUCAUAAAACAUAGGCACAUACACAAUAUAGGUAACAAAAUGUAAUUUUUUUUAAAUUUAAAAACAAAAUAAAAAAAGGAAUGAUGCAUAAUCCUACCCUACACGACACAGCAAACUGCAAAAAGAAAAAGAAAAAAAAAAGGCUUAGUGUACUUCAAGUAAAAUAUAAAACCACAUAAUAAGUUCAAACAGCUCUCCUAAGCCAUAGAGAAUAUAGAAAUACAAUUAUCACUUGAACCAAUAGUAAAGCCUAUAAUUUAGAGUACGGGCUUUCUAACAGCAUAAAAGAUAUGGCUACUAAGAGAAUACAUGUGAAUUAAUAAAUAAAUACACGUCGAUGAAGCAGUACGCUUUCCAUUACUCCAUUAGUACCGCGGGUAGUUUUAAGGCCCAAUGUAAUAGUGUCCAAAAGGUGCAGUGCAGCUUUUCAAAUAGUAGUUCCUAAAUGAGCUAAUCCUAGUUCAUCUGUUUUACAAGAAGAGUUGAAAGUACCACAAUUAAGAAAAAAAAAAACUAAAGAAAAAUGACAAAGUGCAAAAAAAUGACAAUUGCUGAUUGAAAAGCAAAAAUUUUAAAAUGACAUCACUCCUAUGAUGAGCAGUUAGAUCUCUGUUAGGAAGCUACACAGGUCCUGGUAGCUUUGGUCAGCAGUGGAGAGUGAAUUGAGGGCUGAACGUCUGAAUAGAUCUUUCUUUCGCUGACCCUGUUAUUUUGUGGUUUUCAAUAAAACUGUGGCUACGUGUCCGACUUGACCUCUGGUUUUCCUCUCUUAACUCACGUUACUAAAGAAGGAAAAGUGACUGCAAAAAAUCUCAGCACAUUCUAGGUCAUAACACGCUUAUAAGAACAUCUCUCCAAGAUGAGAAAUUACCAACAGAGCUGAAAUGUUCAGCCCCGUUCUAUAACAUAAGAUGUAAACUGCUGGAAAAGAAGAAAUAAACAGAUCUAGCUAGGACAGGGAGAGAAGAGGAGAGCGGACAUUAACUCAAGUGUGAAAGAAGAAAAAAAAAAAUCCCAGAACCUACAAAUCUGCCAUGACAGAACAGAAUGAACAUGUAAGAGACACAAUAUUUAUAUUAGCCCUGGAAAAAUUAUGUAAAAAAAAGAGUAGAGAAAAAAAAGUAACUGUAAAAAUUUACGUCUUACAGGCACACUUGGUAAAAUUUCUCUUGAAUUAUUUAUUUUUACCAAGCUUCAAAUCUUUAUUAAAAGCUACCUACAUGUGGUGUGGGAAUUGGUUUGUAGUUUUGAUACAUAGAGCAAGGAACUCUGCCAUACCCCCAGGGUGAAGUUCAGGAUCCAGCGGAACCCUGGGCCCACGAUCCUGCUGAUGGGAUCAAUGGCGAACGGGCACGAGCACCUACUAAGGCCUCUGGCCGAAGACAGGCAGUCCCAGGACCCAGUGCCUCCAUGACCCCAGGAAGAAACAGCACCUCGGUGAACUGGAGCAGAUCUCCAAUCCGGCAGUGACACAAGCGGCAUCCAUCCUGAGGCACAACAGCAUACCCUGCGGAGUGGGCUGCGUACUUUUAUGGACAUUGAUGGACAUACAGGCUAUUGCAUAUCGAACAUUACGACACAUACUCAGGACUUGGGCCAAAAAUCUUAAAAGACGCCAGUUGUACAAUGGUGGAGAGGCAGGGGGGCUAACUAAACUUACCUAACUAAUCCGUAUGCACUAGACCGUUCACCCUAGGGGGCUAAUUGCUUCACAACACUAUCGACCCCCUGCCCCCCCUGCAGUCUACUCUUAUGUUGCUUUGCUUAGAGCAUCUCACAGGCUAGCCAUGAAAACUCCCUAGUUCGGCGGGCAUGACCAGCACUCGCUUGGGCACGGCGUGCCUCCCCACAUUAGCUGCACCAAUCCAGCUAGCAGCAUAUGGUGAACAGCACACUUAUAUAUACCUGGUGGGACUCGCAGAUACACAAUUGAGUUAUAUCUAUAUUUAACAUGUGAUACGCAGGGCACCGCGCUUAGCAACCUAACAUAAUAUACAAGCGACUUAUAAUCAUCUAACUUGCUACUACAAACCACGUCUGGUAUUUCUGCUUUUCUUUAACUCCUGUGCACAAGCAUUAGACGUGCAAGCUUUGCUUGUUCCCCACUUGUGUGGCCAAAUAACUCGACUUGUAUUUAACCAUUACCUCAAUACCAGUUUAAAGUCCUGAAACCACAGCAUAGCAUGUAACCUCACUAUGUAAUAUGACUUGUGUACCAUGCGUUGAUAUGCUCUAACCCCCUGCUUUGCAUUCUGUAGUGAAACCUGCAUUCUGUGGGUGUUAGGGCACUGAAUGUGACCUGUAUACCAUGCAUUGAUGCGCUCUAACCUCCUGUUUUGCAUUCUGUAUUGUCUUAAUCUACUCCUCAAUAAAAACAAAGAUUGACAAUAAAAAAAAAAAAAAAAAUAGGAACUAAUUACUAUUUAUUGAUAAGUAAUGUAAGGCCAUAUCUUUUUGUCUAUCUGAUAAUAAGUAAUAUAAUGCUUGUUCUGUCUGUCUAUCUGUAUAAUUGUCGUAAUGGAAAAAGACUUAAUUUUAAGUAUUAAAGUAAUCUCUCAAAAUCUCAUCAUAAUUAGUAGCAUAGCUGGUUUAAAACAAUGUUUUCAUUUAAUCUGUGUGGUCCUCAAAUUUUAAAGGGACACUGUUGGCACCAUAACCACUUCAUCUCAACUUCCAUUCGGCAUUAAACCUUUUUUAAUGUUCUAAUUCUAAACAAGAAUCCCCGGCAGCCGAUCUCCACUGUGUGCACCAGGGAGCAGCAGUGAUUGGGCGAGAGUGUCAGCUGACCACAUUCAGCCUAUCACAGUGCUAUUGCAUUUAUGAAUUGGUAUGGCUAGAAGGAAGAGUGCAAUAUUUGCCUUAGACAAUCCUCCACUGGGGGGUCAGGGCUAUGUGAAGCCAUUCAUUCAGUGUUAAAUUCCUCUAAAAUGGUUUAACACUGAACGGAGGGACAGUGCCAGGGGGCUUCGCGAACUAUGGCUUAUUCAGUUAGAUGAAAUGGUUAUAUUGCUAUAGUGUCCAUUUAAAUUCACUUUGAAUUCUCUCAUAAAUGAAUAACCCUGAGAAUUAACAGACUGAAACUUACAACAUAGCUUGUUCUUCAGUGGAUCCCCACUCUGUUCUCACGCUGGUUAUAGCUCAUCUUGUGCCAUUACAGAGAGUACCUAAACCAGUGUUUCCCAACCCAGUCCUCAUUGACCACCAACAGUCCAGGUUUUGUCAGUAUCUCCAUUGGAAUAAAACAGAGAAAUACAUAAAUCCUGGACUAUUGGUGGUCUGGGUUGGGGAAUGCUGAUCCAUCUGCAUAUCAGACUGAUCCCACCCAAAAAAGGGGGUCCAGAUCCAAAAUGCAGGCUGACUCCCCAGUUUGAGAACUGAGCAUGGACCCACUAAAGGGUAAGCUGUCUGAGAUGUUGUCCAUUUUAGUAUGUUCUUGCGCCCUUUAUUUAUUUAUUUAUUCUUUAUUUAGACUUAGUGAUCAUACAGCUAUCACAUAACAAUCACACACACAACAUGACAUAUGGUAAACAAAACAAAAGCACCACAAUGCUUGACCAAAAUAACAUCUGUCUAAGCAAUAAGUCAUAGUCAGUUGAUAAGAGAGGAGACAAAACAGUUCUGUUCAUUGCAACGGUAUUCUAAUAUUCUAUUCCGGUCCGGUAACCUAUGGGUUGUUUAAAUAUACUAUGUAUAGAUAAUCGGUGUGCACCUUUAGAAUGUCAGGGCACAUUUGUUGUUGAAACCAUUGUCAUGUAUGUGUGACAAACAACUGUGAAUCGACCCACUCAUCAAGGGUUUUUUAACAAGUUAACGAAGUCUCCAUCUAAACAACAAAGCGGGGAGAGGUUAAGGAAGAGGGAAUGCUAAAGACAGGAUAGUAGGAAAAGAAGAGUAAAGAAAAGAGUAGGGUGGGGAUAGGGGGAAGUAUACUCCGGUCGGUUUCUGGGGAGGACACUGGUAGUGGGGCCCAUUAUUUGUUCAUCUCAGGCCUUUGCCCUAUUAGUUCUCGAUAAAGGCCUACGUGCUCCCAACUUGCGCCGUUACAGUCCAUAAUAAAUGCGGUGGCGAGGCUCAUCUUCCUGUCCGCCCGCACCUCCCAUGCCACACCCUUCUGUCAGUCCCUACAUUGGCUUCCUAUAAAAUAUAGAGCUCAAUUUAAAAUUCUGGUUCUUGCCUUCAAAUCUCCACAUAAUGCUGCUCCCACCUAUCUAUCCUCCCUUAUACUUAAGUAUGUCCCGUCUAGGCCCUUACGAUUUGCUGAAGACUUACGUCUAUCUUCUGUCCGUACUCCCACCUCUGAUGCUUACCUUCAAGAUUUCUCGAGGGCUGCACCGUUCCUGUGGAACUCGCUUCCCUCCUCCGUUAGAUGCUCACCCAGUCUCCACUCCUUCAAAAAAUCGUUAAAAACCCACUUCUUCAUAAAAGCGUAUCAAUUAAACUGUUAAUAGCUCUCAACUGAUUCCUCAUGAAUGAGCCAAGGAAUUCCCAGAGACAUUAAAAAUAUAUUUUCUAGAAGGCAGAAGGAAUGUGUAGAACUAACAAAUGAACACAUGACAGGAUCAUAAUAGCACUUAUAAUCCAUCAGCGGUGGAGGCAUGAAACUCCUACUGGUAAAAAUAAAAACGUGGUUAGAUUGCAUGUCAAAAUAAAGAAAAAGAAAUCUCAUUCUCAAAUAUUAGUCCAUUAUAGCUAACUUAAAAGAAUUCAGCAAGUGAACUUGGCUAAAAAAUUUGAAACUUAGUGAAUGUGAUGUCUCUCCAGCGCCCUCUGUUGGUGAAACUGAAAAAAAUGCAUUGAUUUGUAUAAUUGCAAUAUGCAAAUUAGGAAAUUGCACAAAACUAACCAUGUGUAUAUAUAUUGUAUAUCCCUUUUUUUUCUAUAGGUUAGAAAGUUGUGAUGGUAUUAUGUAUUUGAUGCAUUAUUAUGUUUGUUCUUUAAGCUAUGUGUGUUUGUUUAUAUUUAUAUUAAUUUCACCAUAUGGUUCAUGGCUAGUCAUUGUCCAAAAUAAUGCAGUAGUGUUAGUUCCAUUGGGAACUGUGUGCCCAGUCUGGUUUGAUUGGGAUUCCAUUAACAGAGUUUUUGGACCUGUUGGUUGGCUGCACUGGUUGCUGAUCCUGGGGAUGUGUUAAGAAAGAGCUAGACCUGAGAGUCACAAGUCACUUAGCAAAGGAAGUAGUUGGAGGCAGUGUAGGCAGAUGUGUCCUGGUUGCAGCAAGGAAGGUACUCAGUUGGAGUACAGGAGCUCAGCUAUAUAUGUUUGCAGCAGUGGUUCUGCUUCCUCUUCACAGGGCAUUUCCAAACCACCACCGAGAUAUCUCCCCUUACUGUGCACCGGCUGUCUGACCUGGCAGAGGCUCCACCAGCGCGAAAGCGAAAGGAUCAGAUUACUACCAAGGCCGGAGCCGUCGGAAAAGAAUUACAGCACAGGGUGAGAGACAGGACGGCGAUGGGUAGUCUGAACCCAUCAUCCAAAAAUAUCUGGGUGAUCACAAGGAGUGAAAUCCAUAUGAGUUGCAUAGAACGUGGGGGUGGUAGCUGCUGUGAACCCCAAAAGGGCAACAUUGGCUUAUAAAAACUUCCCUAUGCAGCCUUAAAUGAAACAGAGGACAAUAUUGUUGGGUUUCUACAGGACUUUGAACACCAGUGCACCCACCAGUGAAUCAGCCUGCAGUACUGAGUCACCAUACUGGCCAUUAAGCUAUCAGGAAGCUAUCAAGUCGCAGAAUCAUAAAAAAUUGUACCAGAUGAUGACAGCCUGGACUACGGAUCAAGGAGAAAAUAUUGGUCUGGUUUACCAUCACCCCAGAAGUGCAUUGGCUUAAGAUUCCUGGGCUGAAAAAGGUGACAGGACUAACAUAUACGGAUGAGCCCAUCAGCUAAAGUGGGCCGUGGAAAGGUGGAUGCAGGGGUGCCAGGCCACCACCCUAGCCGACACUAUCCAGCUUAUCCUGCUCAAAUAUUUCUGACCAUUCUUCACUUGCUGUGUGGGACGUUGACCAGCUACUGCUCACAUCUAUAAGACUGCAACCUUGGCAGAUGCGUUCCAGGACACCCAAAGAGGUGAUACUGUUAUAGUCUGUCCAGUUACCCAGGCACUCGCCCCCUAUUAAAUUAUUGGGAUUUUUUUUUUCUGUAUCUUUGCUUUCCUUCCUUGAUACCUACAUACCUCUGUAUCUCAUAUGUAUACCAUGGGUAAUAUACUUAUCUCUUGUUUUAUUUUUGCACCAUACAUCUAUGGAAUGUUUUUACAUCUCAGGGCUUAAGUUUGGUGAAUGAUGUAUUUCAAAUUGAGAGACGUCAUCCUUGACAUCACUAGUCUCGUUCUCAUUAUUUCACCCUCCAAUGAUAGUCAAUCAGUGUCUCAUUUAACGGUUUUAGUUCACUUUGUGUAUUGUCUUGAUAAAAGGCCAACUGGACUUACACAUCGACAUGUAUUUGUGUAAUAUUUACUAUAUAAAGCAUCACUUUGCUAUUUACUUUACAACACCUGUGAGUCAGUGUGUGGACAUUAUUUUUUGUCUGGACGCCGCACUGAGGCCAAUAUAAGGCCAGGGAGCUUUUUGUUUUAACUUCCUUUGACAUUCCAAUAGAAGAUACAUUUACUGAAACCUAGAAUCUCUUGCUAUCACUAUCCUGCUCUGAUUAUAGUUCAGUGCCUAUAGUUAUUCUAUUAAUGUUUUCUAUUGAAUUGCAUAAAAUCAGUGGGAGAAAAAAAUCAAAAAAAUUCAAUAGCAUAAUGUUUUAUGAAAAUGAGCUAUAAACCUGAAUGCUGUUUCAGGAAACUCAAUCUGGCCAUAGAAUGAAUUAUACAGGUGUUAGAAUAAUAGAGUUAUGUGAUGUGCCUUAAGUCAUCGGACUCAACCUUUUCACUCUGACGCAUUUGAUCUCUUGUAAAAUGCGUUACCUUUGUUACAUUACUGUAAACCAGGAGAGGGCUGGUAACGUUUGGCCUGGGGAUGGGACGGAGGGCAAGUCCAAACAAAUGCCUCUUUUUAUGAAUAAACCAUCCUUUUAUAAUCUCCUUUUUAUAAUCUUUACAAUUGCGGCCAUCAGCCCAAUAACAAACACAUUAACUCGUACAAUAAUGUGAUGGAAAGGGCCGUGCACAUUCUUAUCUGCUUCUUUUUUGCUGUAGUUCUAUGACAAUACGCAGUUUAUUGCAAGUCUUAAUCAAAAUAAGCAAAAUAUGUUCAAUAUACCUGUACAUUAUCCAAUUGUCCUUCCUUGCACCACUUGUAAUAGAUUAUAUCACGCAUUGCACAGCAGAACUACACCUCAAGACUUGUCAUUUAGAAGAUGCUCUGACCCGUCGUCUAGCCAUCACUAUUUGGCCCCUGUCAAAGUUACUUAGAUCUUUUUGCUUGCCUAUUUUUCCUGCUUCCAACACAUGACAUUCAAAAACUGCCUGUUCACUUACUGCUUAAUAUAUCCCACCCAGGUGCCAUUGUAACAAUAUAAUCAGUGCUAUUGACUUAACCUGUCAGUGCUUUAAAUGUUAUGGCUGCUCACUGUAUGUAUACACAAUACAUCCAAAGGAUUACAUUAUAUAUAUAUAUAUAUAUAAUGUAAAAACAUUUCAUUAAAAAUGGUCUCUACAGGGGGCGGGGCCUGACAGCCAAGAUGGCCGGACGUGGUCUCUAAGAGCUCCUGCACCAGCAGGCAAAUAAACGUGAAUCCUGAAUAAACUACUCAUGCUAGCAGCACACGGAGCUCCUACAAAAGUGCAGGACCGCACGGGGAACAGAACGAUGCUCGCCAUGCACCACCGCACACUAUGAGCACACGACCCGGCCAUGCAGCCUACACUAAAACGGGGCCCGAGGCCCGGGGGGGGGAGCGACCGACCUCCCGGCAUGAGACCUGCUCACAAGCAAGCGUGGAACACUGCCCUGCUACCCCCCCCCCCCAACCCGGACUGGCGGGGGAUAUCCCGGUCCUCGCUGGGGACGAUUACCCCCGCAACGCGGCCUACAGAAGCAACCAAACGGGACAGAAGAGACCCAACUAAGAGGGCAGCACAGACGCAUCUGGCACCAAAAAGCAACCUCACCAUGCCACCUGGGCACACCCUGGAGUUUUUUGCCCGACUAUGCAACAGCCUGUGGACAAAGCUCUGUAUCAAAGGCCGGUACUUCCACCUCACUAUGAGAGCAAUGGCGGCAUGGAUCCAACCAGCUGUCCGGCGCCACCUGGGCAGAUACCUACCACAGGCCCCUGGGACGACCUCCAGCCAGAGACGGAGACAGGGAGCAAGGUGGCGGGAAGGGGCAACAAAUCCCUCAGACGCCGGUAAUGGGCAUCACACGCACCAAAGCGAGGCCACUAAACCCACCCAACUCACUCACCACUCAACGGCACCGGAAACCUCCAACCACCGUAAAUCAAGCCCAGAAUUCAAGAUCCACGCAGACAUCUGCGAGGCCACCCGGACAGAGAUCCAGCUUCUUCCCAGCGACAAACACAGGCGUAGGGGGGAGGGAACUCUACCGCAGCACCAAUUCUGUCACAACUCUGAGCCCACCAAUCGAGCCUCCAGAGCCGGCAUCGGCUGAACGAGAAGGACUGCACCAGAGAAGGGCCGUGCUCCUAUAGAACUAAAUGUGGAGACGCAAAAGGAGCUUACUGGACAAACAACAAUGUAAAGUACUGCAAACAACGGAUCAGAUUGUAGUGACUAUAGGUUUUGGCACAACGGCCUCACCCAGCAGUACCUUGUUAGCCCUCACCCAGUUUAACUUAAGACCCAAUGGGGUCCUCCUGGGGACUUUUACCCAACCCUUGCCCAGCAUGGCCUCAGGGAUUCGGCCCGUCCUACAAUGCUCAAACCUUAAACAACAACCAUAUAGUCAGCCGGUUAGCAAAGUUUAUUCUCAGACGUGCCUGUUAAUAGAUUUACUCAGCAUGUUUAGUCAAUGACUAGCCAUUUACUUUAGUGUACACCCUGAAACACGAAAGCAUGUUAUAACAUCUUACUGACACUAGCGUAGUUAAUCUAAAACUGUUAAGCAUUAAUUAUCUGCACUUGUUUUAAUUAUCUCUAUUUGAAAACAUGUUGGCCGCAACAUAGAAAAGCUUGAUUAAUGAUUGCAUGUUUAAUUCUCUUAUGUUGAUCUACAAUUGUCAUCUCCUUAACUAACAAAAAUGUGCAAGUACCUUCGUAACCCCACUGUUAUAAAUGCUGAAAAUCGGCGUGAGGAAUGCCGUUGGGGUUCCUCACACAUGUUGUAAUAUUUCUUUGCACUACAAAAAAAAAAAAAAAAUGGUCUCUACAAAUCAGAUCCAAAUUGCUUCUUGAUAAAGUAUAUUUUAUAACAUUUAUUUAUUUAUUUAGUUUUUUUUUCAUUCCAAAUUUUAUAACAUUUUUAAUUUGUGUAAAUAUUAUGGCAUUACGUACCAGAUGUAAGAUUACAUUUUAAACUUGAUAGACUUAAGGAAAUAACAAGUUUUCACUUACCUUAAAAUAACAUUUAAUAACAAGUUUUCAUUUUGAUAUUGAAGUCAUUUUUAUAAAGAAUUGAAGUCAAUUCAUGGUUCAUUUGUUUAUUUUCUGCGAGAACCGUCACUGAAGUUAGAAAAUUAAGUGAAGACACAGUAACAAAUAUAGGCAUGGGAUGAUCGAACAUCAUGUACUUAGAGCUAAAGAUGUGGUAAUUAGCUUCCUAGGGUCGAAGCUGGGUAUGUUCUAACAUAGAGGACUUGGGUGUUUGAAGACUAAGGACAGUGGAUAUUAGGGUAAUGCAUUCUAGUGAUAUGGGAGUUAUAUAAUAGUGUGAUUGUUAGGGGAAAAUGUGUUGCUGUAAUUUCAAGAACUGAAGCCAUGCAUAAUCAAGCUUUGAGAUUCUACUUGCCUGUUUGAUUUCGGCAAGUGUGAAUUGAAGCUUUAUAAACUCAUGUUGGCUUCUUGCGAAAUGGAAAUGGUUUUUCAGAGUUGAACAGAUUUUGAACCCAAGGGAAAUGACUAACACGUCUUCUAAAUGGAAUUAUAACAAUUCACUUUCUAGAACUAAGAAUAUGCUAAUCCAUUUCCAACACUGGUCUCAAGAGGAUUAGAGAGCAAAGGCUACCAAAUUCAUUUCAAAACAGCAAUUUCAUUAUAAAUACUUUUUCAUUUAAAUUUGUUUUAUACAGGGGGCGGGGCAUGGCUGCUGAACUGAGCAGACGUGCUUGAGUUGUGCUCCUCACCAAAUCCUGCAAAAAAGUGCUCAAAUUGCGGUUAUCAGCCCCAAUCUGACUCUAUAGGGACUACUUACCUAACCUGGCAAGGAGAGAGGACCUCUCGCAAUUACCCUGAGUCUUACUUCAGUCUAUCUAGGCUGUCUGAAACCUGGCGGACCCUGGAGGCGGGAGAUGCAGCCGAUCUCCCGACCGGGAGCUGCUGAUACUGCUGAUGCUUCAAGUUGGCGCCCCGUUUCCCCCCCAACACUGGGAGAAAGCUUUCACAGUCAUAUGUGAUCAGUUCCGGCACAGCCUGGAGGAGAAAGCACAUUGUACAUACUUGCCUGAGAUACAAAUAGACCAGAGACUCGGGGCAAUCGGCGGGUACAUCAAUCCAAGGAACCUGUUGCUAGCUCACCUUCGCUGAGAGCCAGACGAGGCUUACCUGUCUCACAUCGCCCACGCAGGCGUAAGACUACCCUGGAGAAGCGGAGACUACCAUCUGGACUUCAGUUCCCUGGUCUGCGGUCCAAAGAUGUUGGCCCUCGCGCAGGCUCAGGGCCGGAGGGGCACCCUGUACAACCUUCCCUGACUGGGAAGCUGCGUUGCCACUAAUGGGAGUCGGCUGACCUACAACAGGGAACUGCCGCUCCAGCUAUCUCUCUGUUUGACAGUGGUAGGCAAUAACCAUCUCACUCACUUACCAUGCCUUGAACCUUGUUACAUGUUCUUGUUUUAUUUUUUAUUGAAUUUCCUUAUAACACUUUGUUGAUCAUUAUCACAGUGGUGUGGUACUAUUAAGCUGGAUCCUAUCCCGGAGGCUAUACUCCUAUGACCUCUUAAGUAGGUUCUAUGACUCACCCUCCGAUGCACUGUACUAUUAACCUGCAUUUAACUAGCCUGUGCAAAAAUACUAUUGCCUGUCUAAACAUCCACUGCACACGUCCUGAUCUAAUUCUUAUCUCUUCGCCACUCUCUAUGCAUUGAAUUACUCUUGUCAUUACUUUAAUUUAAAAAAAAAAGUUGUGCAGUUUCCUUGCACUAUUUGCUGCAUAACUAUCUCCGUGACUUCUUUGAUUGUGUAUAAUAUCCGUGUUAUCAUGCUGCACAUCAAAAAUAAAGAAUAAAAAAAUAAAUAAAUUGUUUUAUACAUACUACAUAAUCAAAUACAUACAAAAGAAAAACAAAAUGAUCCAUUACAGCAAUAGUGUUAUUUGAUGAUAAUCUUUAUAGUGUAUUGGCGUUAUGUUUUUGUUUUUAGAUAAAAAAAAGAAAGUUACAUUUCAAAACAAAUGGUAAAAUACAACAUAAUUGAAUGGGACUUAUUUUAGGCAUCCUUCUGAAUGAAUGAGGAGAAGGGGGGUAGAGGAAUCGACCUCAAAUCUAAAGCAUGAAUAUCUAUCAGAUCAUUUAAAAACAAAAUAUAUCAAACUCAAGGAUACAUAUAAUUUUGGAUUUGGCCUUUAAAAGUAUUAUGUAAGAGCCAUGCUAACCUUAUACGAAAAAACAGUUCUACAAAAAGAAAAAAUUUAAAGCCCAACUCUGUCUCUGUCUGAUACAAGCUGCCAGUACAAAAAGUGUGGAUCUCAAAGUUGGAAUUAAAACAUUUUGCAUAUAUAAUGUACCACGUAUAUAUAUAUAUAUAUAUAUAAAUACAUAUAUAUGAUACAUUAUUAAACACAGAUACCCACACCAAACAGGCUGUAAGACUUGCUUUUCACACAGAAACUUCACAUUUACUGUGCUGCUACUACUGCAGUGGAUUCUGGGUGGGCACUGCGUGAACUACCACAGUCGCAGGGGGCCUGGUCGACCAGAGUGCCCGCCAGCAUUUUGGUGCGUCCCCGGCCACACAGAAAAACUGCCGGGGCCGCAUUGAAGGAGCCCUGUGGGUGGGCAUAUGCAAAUGAACUCAACAAAGGACCAUAUAUAUAUGUAUGUAUAUUAUAUUAUUUAUAGUUCUAUUUAUUUGCAACUUUUUUAUGAGAGGACAAGCACCAGUAACAUAAAUAUUAUUUACAUUUAGCAUGCUCGUGAUACUGUAUCGAAUGGCUUUUAGAGAGCUCUCUUCUUGAUGGAUUGGCUUUGAUCAUCAUCAGAGUACUGAUAAUGUACGAAGAUUUUACAGUAAACCUUUGUACUGUUAUUGUCACUAUUUUUGCUGUCCAACGAACAUAACAUACUGUACGGUGAGCUGGCUACACGAUCCCUCUUCUGUCUACUUUACUUGAAACAUAUUCCUGGUUGCAAAGGUAACUACAUAGCGAUACCUUGUAGAGCGCUUGAAUUCUCCACUCUGCAUUCACACUGCCGUAUAAGUUACCCUUUAAUCACAGAGAGAGGUAAAUCCUAGGUCUUUGUUCACAUUCACGAUGGCUGAUAUUAAUCUGACCUGCGCCGCUACCAAGAUCGAUGCAUCAAAGUAAGCUUUGUGCUGUAACCCACUUCUGAACGGCCUCACCUGGAAAAAAAGAAAAAAAACAAGCUUUGUAACUUUAUUGAAAUCCUAGGAAGUUUUCGAGUUGUUCUUUGUUUGGUGAUAAUUCUUGGAGGCAUUGUUUCAACGUGAUAAUCUGAUGUAAAUUUUAGUUGGCAGAACUUUCUUGCUAAUAACAGACGAUCGAAAUCAGUUAUGAAACAAGAUCUGAUUUGGUAUAUUUAUUAUGGGUUGUUAAAUUUCAACAGAUGUGUCUUUAGAGAAUACUCCAGUUUUAUUUUAGUGUUAUGCUACUUAUCCAUGUGUGAUUCUAUGUGUAGUUCUAGGAUAAUGAUGAAUUAGGUCGUUUGUAACGCCAAUGUAGCCAUCAUUCAAUAUGAUCAAACCAGUCCCAGAACACAGCCUGGGGUUCUCAAAGUCUUGUGAUUCAGAAGAAGCUUAAAGAAAUAGCAGGAUUAAGGCACAAUUACACAUUUUGACAGUUUUAGCCUUUAACCACAAUGUAAUUUAAAAGGUCUGCAUCAAAGGCAAUCAUAGCUAAGGUGUUAAGUAGAUCUCACUUAAAGCAGCUCUGUGCUUAUUGGGUCCCUCAGCCUCCAGCCUUGGGAAACCCUCAGCUCACACUCCCAAAAAAUUAAUAGAGCCCAGUACUGAUACAAUGUACCCUUUUUAUUUAUAUGCAGUCUGGCUGUGCCUUCUUUUACGGCAACGCAAUCUUAAUGUGUCAAAGAUGGCAGCUCCCAGUAAUUCAGUCCUCUGCCCUUCUCUGGGCAUGUUCGUCAAUUGUCUUGCAUGCCAAGUGCUUACACAGACCUCAGUUAACUCUUGUGAUGCUGCGAGAGUCAACACUCAGGAUCUGUUGGAAGUGAUGUGACACUGUAGGGAGACAGGCGUUCAUAUGACGUCCAGUGACAAAGUUGACAAAGUACAUGGAACUUGACUAAAGCCAAGUUAUGUUUACCUGCAGGUUAUGCAAAAGUAUAAGUAGUCCCUACAUUACCUUAUGUAUAACUUAAAAAAAAUAUGUCAUUUUAAAACAAACUGGACAGGUGGUGGGAGGCAUUUGGACAUAAAAAAAAUGGAGAGAUCGAGCCAAGUUAAACCCAUCUCAAGUCAAAUUCACAUAUGAGCACUUUGCUAUAACCCAUUGCUAAGCAGCAUAGCAUAGAUUUUUGACAAUGGUGUGCAUGGUUAAAGGUAUCAACCAGACAGCCACUUGAGGCGCUUCCUGGAGUUUCAAUGAGUAGUACUCCAUGAGACAACACUGGACGUUUAUUGUAUUUUCAUGUUAAAAGGGUUACUCCAAGCACCAUGACCACUUCAGUGAUUUGAAGUUGUUAUAGUGUCUGGAGUCUGCAUGUGCAGUGUUUCCCUUUAAAACGCUGCAGGUACAGAGAUUGAUCCCUCUUCUGCCAGAGGUGUACCUCCACCUCUGGCAGCAUAUUGGGGAUAUCAUCAGCCAUCAUUGCUAAACAUUAUCAGGAAAACAGGCCAGGGUACUCUCAUCAUCGUGACCACUGCUAUUGGCUGUAGAGGAUAUGAUGAUUGGAGUAACCCUUUAAUGUAUUAUGACAUGUUUUAAUAUAUAUAUGAAAUGAAAAAAACAUAGUUAAGUUAAAGGAACAAUGCAAGAACCAUAACCACUAUCGCAUCCCAGCACUGUAAGUAGUCAAACUAAUUUUAGAAUGGUUUGGCUAAUCACCUGGGGUCCACUGGAAGCUGUUCCAGUCCUUCUCUACAGUCGUCAGAGAUCUGGAAUCUCUCUGAGCUAAGGCUGGUAGAGCAGGACUUAUUAGCUGAAAGUGAUCAGCUAAUGCUCAGUGGGAUCUUCCGGCGGAGGAUCCCAGGUAAAAAGUCAAGCUGUUCUAAAAUGGUUUAAUUACUUACAAUGGGGAGUUGGAGUCUUUGAAUUGAGUUGGGGUAUAUUUAUAAAAUACUGGUGUACCAGUGAAAUUGAGAGAUUUGUCUGCAGAGAAUAACAAGUGUACUGCAAUGAUGAAUGAUGAAAUGAUGAACUGAAUUGGGUAAUUUGCAACUACAAUGUAGCCAUCAUUGCUCAUUCGACUUGGCAUACAGUUCCUACGAUCCUUAUGAUCCGUUAUUUCCCUCUAGUGACCUUGCAAGUUCUUUUUAUAUCUGUGCUAUGUAGACUAUUUUAUGUAUGUCCUUGCUCUGAAGACCUUAUAAUACAUUAGCACGGCUGAAAACCCUUAAAUGAACACACAAUUUUUAUUUUAUAAAAAUUUUAUAUAUAUUUCUGUUCUGUUUUAUUUUAGAUACAGUGAGGGGAAAAAAGCAUUUGAUCCCCUUAUGAUUUUUAACGUUUGUCCACUGACAAAAAAAUGAUCAGGCUAUAAUUUUAAUGGUAGGUGUAUUUUAACAGUGAGAGACAGAAUAACAAACAAAAAAUCCAGAAAAACGUGUUUGUCAAAAAAGUUAUAAAUUGAUUUGCAUGUCAAUGAGUGAAAUAAGUAUUUGAUCCCCUAUCAAUCCGCAAGAUUUCUGGCUCCCAGGUGCCUUUUAUACAGGUAACGAGCUAAGAUUAGCAGCACAUUCUUAAAGGUAGUAGCUUGUUAGGUAGGUAGCUUGUUACCUGUAUAAAAGACACCUGUCCACAGAAGCAAUCAAUCAAUUAGAUUCCAAACUCUCCACCAUGGCCAAGACAAAAGAGCUGUCCAAGGAUGUCAGGGACAAGAUUGUAGACCUACACAAGGCUGGAAUGGGCUACAAGACCAUCGCCGAGUAGCUUGGUGAGAAGGUGACAACAGUUGGUGCGAUUAUUCGCAAAUAAAAAGAAACACAAAAUAACUGUCAGUCUCUCUCGGUCUGGUGCGCCAUGCAAGAUCUCACCUGGUGGAGUAUCAAUGAUCAUGAACUGCACAGGAGGAUCUUGUUAAUUAUCUCAAGGCAGCUGGGACCAUAGUUACCAAGAAAACAAUUGGUAACACACUACGCCGUGAAGGACUGAAAUCCUGCAUCUUUAUUAAUAAAUAUCAAAUUACACUAAAAUAUACACAUCAACAGGUAGGUACUAAAGAGAUAGCUGCAAUGAUUUUCAUUCUAUAGAAUCCCAAAAAACUAUAUACACAGAUGUAUAAAGGUCGCAAAUUUAUAUAUAGAAAACGCACUAAUUGCUGUGGAAACAAUGCCAGAUCAGAAAUGCGCCGAUCAUGCAUGCGCGAUACCCUAAACCUGCUCCCAGCUGUUUUUUUUUUUCCUGGUACAAACUAAGACUGAAUUGAUAGAGGGGGACAGAAAAAACUGCCUUCACUAUACUGCAGGCAUACUAGGCUCCCCCUAGCGUUCUAAAUCAUUCAGGAACUAUUCCCUUUCCCGGAAUGGCAGGCACAUAACUGAUUUACCCUUCUUCCUCUAUGGUUUCCAGGCUGCUUCCCUUGGGUCACUGCAGCAUACACCCCCGGUCACUAUUGAGGUCCUGAAUGGGGCCGCACUAUGGACUGAAGCUUAUGAAGGAAGAGAGGCUGAACUCCCCUCAGGCACAGGAGCCUAACAGCCACAGUUAGAAUAAAAAUUAAAAAUUAAAAACAUGCUUUAACACAACGAGUCCAUGGGGAGUGGGAAAUACAGAUGAAGAGGCGUCUUAUAGGAUUGGUAAAAUUGUUCCUGUCCAAUGGAAGUGAGGGGAGGAGCUAGACCUUAGAGUUGUGCUGCCAUGGCUCUGGUACUGAAAUUAGGAGAUAAUUAAAGACUCCCAACGUUUUGCCUGAAAAGCCUUUGUCAAGUGGAAUUACCUUGGAAGAUACAUUGGAUCACAUAGUAUCAAUUACUGAAACGUUAGCCCAAAAUGUGUGGGAUUUUUUUCUUUCCCUUUUUUGUUCACAGGUUAGAAAAUUACGUUUUUAUGUAAAAUGUGCAGAAAAAAAAAUAUAUAUACAUGAUGUUCUUUUUAAAUAUUUUUUAUUGAACUUAUUUUUUAUUUAUAGAUUUUACAACAUGUAUUUAGUAUUAUAAAAUGAAAUCAAACAUUUAAAAAAAAGUGAAAUACAUAUCUGCUUACAUAAACAAACAUUUGAAUUAUACACCAGUAGUAACAAUAUUUCAAUUACAUCAUUAUCUUAUUUGUAUCAGCAAUAUAUAUUGUAUGCUGCAACUGUUUGGUAGACAGAUAUAUAUUUAACUGUUUUUUUAAUUCAUUAUAUACUGCUAAAUAUACACGAUGUUCUGCCAUUUGUGUGAACCUAUUGUUUCUUUUCGUAUGUUUUCGAAUGCAUGAAAGGUAUUUCUCAACAUUACAAUUCUUCGUUCCGACAGCCGAUACCAAAUGGUUCCAGCCUUUUCUGGUCUAGUGUUAGUGUUGAUUCACGGAGUGACAUUUUAUGAACAUUCCGCUUGUUGAAGUACGACUUGUGCUUUCUGUAGUAGCUGCAAAAAAGCAGUUUCCAAAUGUUUUUCAACAAUAACCGUCUCUUAGAAUAUGUAUACAUUACUGUCAUGUCAUGUGAAUACAUCAAUGAGUGACACUUUCACAUGACAAUGAUUGCAGCUAAGACCGGUCUAACUGGUGGAUUCAAUGACGUUUCUAAUGUGCAGGUUUUUUAUCCUUUAAUCCUAUUAUUUCAUCAGUUGUCAUUGCUAACAUGGAACUAUUUAAUUCUAAUUUUCUACUAUAUCAUUGAUGGAUAACACUUCUUCUAGGCUGUCAGAGCAUCAUGGGACCACCAUGUUGGCCACAAAUACUUGGUGUAGAAUAGCCGUAGAUGGACAAAGCCAACUUUACUUCUCUAAUUUUCAUUCACAACAGGUGUGGGAAUGGAGGCUGUAAGAGGAAAAUGCCGCAGGGAGAUUUCUUAUUAAAUAUUUACUUUUUCUGUUCCUUGGCUCCUCUACAGCAGAGGUAGGCAAACCCAUGUUGGAGCUUUAACAAAGGAAAAAUUUAAGUACCAUAGGGUGUCUGUUACUUUCAAAGUAACAUUAAAACGCUUUCAUUUAAUUGUAAUUUGGCUCUGCAUACGCUACUGUUCUUUUUAAUGCACACUAUGUGCGUUCAAUGGGAUCUAAAGGAUUUCAGCAACCCUUUCCUCCACCUCACCCCAGCUUUAACUCUGCAGCGCCUCCUGCAGGCUGAUCCUCCUUUGCUGACAUCAUUCCCUUUUACAGCACGGGCAGGAAUACAGGUGAAGGUUGGGCUGAUGGGCAGACAUGGGCGGCAAAGCGGGGGCAUUCAGCAAUAAGACAUUUGUCACCAGAAUGCAGUGCGUGGUGAUGACAGAUAUUUAAUAUGCCAAGAACUGGCAUUAGUAACUACACAAAACUCAUAUUCUGUGUUGGCUAUUGACUCCCUAAUGAUGCUGAUGGAGGGGACUGCUUUGUGGCGACUGGGCAGCAAAUGCUGUCCAGCUACUAGUUUUUACUGUUUGUGGAUAUGCUUUAAACCUCCUUUUUGAUAUUGUUUAUUUUUGUUUUGCUAUAAACCAACACACAUAGUUUGCAUCGUCAUGACUGCAACAAUAUUGAAUAGCAGCAGUGAGAUAUACGUAUGUCAUGGCAAAAGGUACAGCACGAUAUAUGUUUUGUAGGAUGUGUAGGUAAAGUCAGCUUAGAUUAAGUUGACCUAGGCGUCAAUUGGACCCAUGUAUGUAAACACCUAAGACAGUAUGGGGUAGGGUUACAGGUGACCCUUGAGUAAGCGUGUCUUAAUACUGUCAGUCAGCUGUGCAACAAUCAGCUGCAAUGUGAGGUUAGUAUUACGUGUCUGUAUAAGCUGUGUACUGUUUAAAUACCUCUUGGGGGCCAUGCGAGUCCUGGUUCCGCUGCUGGCGAAAUAUGGCUCCCUGUCAGGAUAUAAGGUCAACAUGAGCAAAUCUAGUGCCCUCCCGGUGGGCCUGCCGGUGGCAGACACGACCAGCAUUAGAGACACAUACCACAUUCAUAUCGCAAACAAAUCAAAUACUUGGGGAUUAACCUCCCCUCGGACCCAGCACACCUGUACCAAACUAACUAUGCAGUGGUGAUGAAAGAACUGAUGGCAGAUUUGGAAAAGUGGAUAGACAAACCAAUUUUGUGGAUUGGGCAAAUCCACACGAUCAAAAGAACAUUCUACCCUGCAUUUUAUUGCCGCUCCAAGCAGUGCCUAUUCACGUAGCGAAAAAAGACCUAGCCCCAUAACAGACAGACAAAUUCAUCUGGCAAAAUACGAGUCACAGAGUAGCUCACAACAUGUUGUACAAACCCUAGACAGCAGGAGGCCUAGGGCUGCCUCACGUGUACUUUUAUUACUUAGCAACACAACUGAUACUUUAUGGCACCCUCCCUCCCCUGAGGAAAUGAGAUGGGUGAACCUAGAGUCCCUCAUGAUGGGCAUAGAUCUACCCCAGUUUUACAUCUGGACCUCAAGGGAACAAAGGGCGUUAAUACACACUAACUGUCCAACCAUAAUAACCACCAUCUGGGUCUGGGAUACCGCGGCUCGGAAAUAUGGGCUCAUGUCCACUCCGUCACCUAUAAAGCCCUACUUCGAAAUCGGGCCUUUCUACCUGGCAUGCAGGCCAGAGAGUUUAAAGGACUUGAAUAUGCAGGGCUCAAACAGGUCCACCAAUUAUACACCGGGGAUUCGGUCAUUCCCUUCAAUGUCCUUUAAUCUAGAACCACUCUAACACCGGCAGACUUCUUAGAUACAGGGACUUUGCCACCCAACCACACAUCAACCAGGCUGCUCCCACUCCACUGACUUUCUAUGAGCACCUAUGUAACGCAGAAACAUACCAGAAAGGGCUUAUCACCACUUUAUAUGCAGAAUUAGGCGAAGACCUAGAAGGAAUAGACUGGCAGGAUAUAUGGGAGGCCAACAGAAAAACAUCUAUCUGCGUGACCCUCCAGGAACAGUCUUACAAGAUCAUGUUCCGCUGGUAUACCACUCCUGUCAAACUAUACCGUAUGAACAAGACCCCAACGGAUCUCUGUUGGAGACUCUGUGGAACCAGAGGCACAUACCACCACAUGUGGUACAACUGCCCACAAAGAGAUUUGGAAGAAUGUGAGUACUCUGGUUUCCCAGGUCCUCCACAAACGACUACAUCCGGAUCCCUGGGUGUUCUUACUCUCUAGACCAAUAGAGGGCUGGGCUAAGCACUACUCCACAAAAUCACACUAGCAGGCAGACGAGCUUUAGCCCAGACCUGGCUAAAACCCAUGUUACCCCCCAUAGACACGGUAAUCCUCCAACUGAAGGACAAUUAUCUCAUGGAUAGGUUGAUAGCACAAGUAAGGGGUACCACUAAGGCCUUCACAAAGACAUGGGAACCAUGAGAGGAAUACAUCACACAAAGUUAACAAACUGAGCACACAUGAGAGGCCCCCGGGAAUCUGGGGCAGCCUGGGAAGCACCCUUCUGUCGUCGGCACGCCACCGGCCUGCCCUGUCCUGUCCCUCCACCUCAUCGUUCAAUCGUUCACUCACGCCACUCUCCUGCCAGGAACCAAAUUCUCAAACUACUCCUCUUUCUCUUCUUUUUUGUUUGUCUACCACAAACUAGGGGACAUCUUGUAGCAGAGAUGCAAUAUUCCCCAGGGUAUCUCGGCUUAUAAUCCAAGUGAGGCUCAGGAACAAGUAAAUAAUAAAUCCACAGGCAAGGUUUCCAGCAGGUAAAAUAACAGCAAUAUUCCCACAGCAAUCCCAAUAACUGGACGACACACAGUUUCAGGAGCAGAACUGAAAGCUUUAAUCCACAGUCUCCUUUUAAAGCAUGCUCCCAUGCAAGGGAGGGAUUUACAGUCAUUAGUACAGUAGCCAAUCCCGUCCCGGUAACCUCCCACACAUCUCCUCCCCUCAGCCAGCAUCAUAAUCCCAUUAUCCAGUACAGUAAUUCCCCCUGUUUCUGGAUGUACCCCUAAACGUAGGGGUACCUCUUUAAAUCCUACAUCCCCGGAUAGCCCUGAUCUGGGUGAACAACAUAUCCAAAAAUCACCCAGAUCAGACCAGGGGUUCGGGAAAUGUAUGGAGGGAAUAAAAUGACCGACCGCACUAACUUAGUCAGCCGAAUGAGGUUCCAUGCGAAUGGGCCCUGCGGUCGAUCCUGGCAUAAGGGAAUAAAAUACACGAAAGCCUCUAGCUAUAGAAGCUGGGGAGGGUUCGCCUGAAUCCCCUCGUUUGGUUCUUUCUAUCUACCGAACAAGGGGCCGUUCGGUGGUUAGGAACCGAACGGACCGGGUUUGUGGAGGUCUCAGUGGUGUUCGCCUACUCGAGUGUCCGAUUUUAGUUCCAGACACUCGACGGCAAAACACCGCUGUUCGGGAGUUUUAAAAUGGCCGCCGCCACGUGUUCGUUUGUCGAAUGGCGGCCACCCCCGAGAACAAAGGACGGCUACUUACUAGGCAAUUACCCGUUCGCAACAAUGUUGCAACGGGUAAUUGAGGACACACUUCACACAGGGGAGGUCUGGUUGUUCGGUAGUUUCAUUCGAAUGAAUUAAGGGAAUGAAACUACCGAACAAUCAGAGGAAUACAGUUCUUUUAAAAGACAUAUAACACAGCAGAUCACACGAAUGCAGUUAUGUACAAUAUAUUUGCAGGACAGCCCGGUGCCAUCCGCUACACAUCUUCUCUACAAGACACACCCUAUGGAACUGGACACACACACAUCCAAGCAAUAAUCGCUACACUGAUGGUCCCCUAGAUCCAAAACCUAUUAAUAACUAGGGCAAUGCAUUCUCUUAUACUCAGUAAUAGGAGUUGCACUCUUGUUUAAGCGACCAAAAUAUGGCAUACUAAGGUUUCUUAACCUUUCUCUUAUACUAAUGGCAGCCAUAACUUGAGAUGCCGAGAUAGACACAACGCCCGAUGGGAAUGUGGCAACUCAGUGCACCGUCAUAUGAAGAGAUGUCGAAACCACACUAAGACUCACGAUAGACCGCCCACUUCCUGAGCCCUACAUAGGAAAUAAGAAUGGUUAUUAAAAAUUAAAAUACAUGAAAUGUGAACUGGGGAUAAGGGGGGCAGGGACGAUAGCACAAUAAGGGGAUACCAAAUAUGUUGCCUGCAUGCAACACAUAUCUACAUUGUCCACCUAAAAUUGUAACAUUGUGCUACAUACCAUAUGGGCCUACAUUCUAUUUUGUUAAUGCUUGAUGUUUGUCUCUCCACCCGAAUGCUUAUUCACAAAUAAAGAAUAAAAAAAAAAAAAAAACCUCUUGGGGGGUGUGGUAAAACUUAUAGAGUGUCUGCUCAUGGAGCCAGAAUAAAGAAACAACUAACAUAACAGAAAACAAAUCAAUAUGGUUGUACUAGAUAAGCAUAAAGAAUAGGAAGCAAGCAUGCAGUGGAGAUAAGGCUGAGUGAUAACACUCUUCAUGUUGGAGUAUCUCUCGGUGCUGCUGCUCGCGGAACAAAUGGGAUUAUAGUAGCAUAGCUUUUAGCCUUCGAAUAUAGUGUGGUAACUCAUCUGCCGUGACUGCCUCAGGUACUCGUCUUAGUCUUAUAAUCCUAGCCUUGGUCCUGUCUUCCAGGGCUGCCAUGCGGCAAUGCAGACCGACAUUGUCCUUUUGCAGUGAGCCAAGGGCCGUGUCUCUGGCUGUUUGUGCAAAAUCUUCCUCUGCAGUGGCAAUUUUGGGAAGGUAGAGAGCCUUUCAGGCAAGCUUUUCUCAUCCGAAGAGACUUUUGUUGAGGCCUCCGCUGCCGCCAUUUUGGCUGGUUCGGGCAUAGCAGGCUUAAACCUCUUUUCUAGUGAUAUGGUCAUAUUGACUCCCUUAGGCUUAUUUUUGUAAUUUAUUUUUUUAAAUCUCAUUUUAAGGUGACAGCUAGCUAGCAAACACUGACCACGCGCCACAAUGUUAUUCUGACAUCGCCAAGGGGUAUUUACCUAUUCAUUGCCAUUUUUUUUUCUUUUGUGCUUGCUAAAUAUUUCGAAUCCUUUCAGAUGCGAAAAGAACUGAUUUUGAUUAAGUCAGGCAACCGAAAUCCAACCAUUUUCACCAGAUUUAGUCCACUCAGACAAAAGCCAGUGUUAAUGAAUUACCCUAUAAAUUGUUUUCAGUUUGUCUAUUUGUCCAAACCAGCUAUAGUCACAGGCUUGGCUAUUUGUGCAUCAGUUUUGCCAUUCAGAAUUCGUUUGAGAACAUGGAAUUUUGUGAAUAUAUAUUAGAACUCUUCAGUAGAGGCCCUGUAAAUUUAAAUGACAAUGCAGCCAUUUUUGCAGCCGGGGAGAGAAGGUGGCACAAAAUACUCCGUAUUCAUAGCCUGUAAUGCCUUUUGUAAUUAUUAUGUACAACAUAAUUUCUUAAUUUUGCUGACAUUGUGGAAUUUGCAUUCCAAAAAAUAACAGCAUUGCUUAAUUAUGCCAAAGAUAGCCUAGAUUUAAUAUUUUUGGAUAAACUUUUCAAACGAUUUUACAUUUUUUAAAAAGAUUUUUUUAACAUUUUUUGAUUGAUAUAUUUUUAUAUAUGAUAUAUUUUUUUGAUAUUUUGAAAAACGUAUUUAAAAUUGUUAUCCAAAAAUAUAAAAUUGACACUGAUGUUUGUUAUUUUUUCUAUAUUAUCUGCUUUUCUACCAUAUUUUUGCUGAAUCACUUGGAAUACUCAUUUGAAAUUUAUCCGUUUAGUUCUUUAAAGGUAAUCCUUCCUUAACAACAGUGUAAAUACAAAACAGUCAUAUCCUGUGACAUUACUUUAAUGCUUCUUAGUUUAGUAAAUGUGUUUUGUAUGCUAUAAACUGUUUUCAUAAAAGUUGUGUGCCUGGUGCAUUUCGCUGUAAAAUAUUCAUAUAGCUUGUUAGAAUAUAAAAUGCUUUACACAUGAUACUGAAAAUGCAAUUUAAAAAUAUAUAAAUAACUAAAAUGCAGUGGUUUUUAUGCAGAUUGUGUUAUGCUUUUGUUGUCUUCUAAAUCUCGACUAUAUCUUAGUUUGGUUUUAAAUCUGUUAUUAUGCUGUUGUGAACCUUGUACGGUCUUGCUAUAAAUAGAAGCAUCACACUGUCAGUGACAUCACUGGCCUGUUCCACCUCAAUUUUCUGGAAUGUAUUUAGACACAAUCAUGUAUUUUACUGUAACAGGCAUAAUAGACAUUCUAGUGUUUUGUAGGUUUCUGCCUUUGAAUUGAUUUUGAGUAGAGGAAAGGGUAGGUUUUUAUAGUCACACGUUUUUCACAUAGCUUAGAAAGUCAAAGAAAUGUCCUUCCUUUGUGCAGAAAGAAAAUCAUGCUAUUCUCAUGAUCGCUAUAAAAGAGAUUUGACUAGGUUGUUGCGCAUUAACGUAUCGUUCAGCUUAAUAAAAUCAAUAUAAAACAUUUUAUGUGUGUGUAGAUAGAAAUACUUUCUACAAAAGUAGAAAACACCUAGGACAAGUUUACGCUAACAUUGCUUAAUUGACAUUAUUUUUUGUCAAUAUGACACCAUUUAAAUGGGAAAUGUUUUGGGGACUCAGGCACUUGAUGGUCAGGGAAGUUGUGUGUUGUCACUUUUCAAUGACAGACUUGAGGCUGGGCACUUGAGCAACUUCCAUUAAAGGGACACAGUAGGCAACAUAACCACUAAAGAUUGUGCCACUAGAACACAGGCACUAUCUGCUGGUAAUCUGUCAAAACGUUUACAAAUGGUUUGGCAGUUACCUCGCCAUGUUGGAUACCAGCGGUCAAUCUGGUCUGAGCUCAACUGAAAUUCAUUCUCCUGUAUUAUAAAAACAACUCAUACAAAACUUAGAUAGAAAUUGUUGGCUGAGAGCCAUCAGUCGACAUUCACAGUCAAUGAAUACUGUUUAAACCUUAUAUGUGUUGCAUUGGUGUGAUUAUGGAGAAGUAUCACACUUUGUUAGAUCGCCUCGAACUGGAAGAACUUUGAGAACCGAUACAGCAAGGUAAGUGUUCUUAAAUGGUUUGACAGAUUGCUGUAGUGUUUAUGGUGUUUAAAGUGUCCCUUUUAUUAUCAGCUAGAUAUUUCUGCUGUAUUAUGGGUAGAAGACGUAUUUCUAAAAGUUUGUAAUCUCUCGGAGCAAAAAAAAUAAAAAUAAUAUUUGAACUACGAAAAUGCUGACAAUUUCUCAGGAAUACACGUCUCCUGAACCUGGCCAUUCAUAGUAAAAAUAAAUAAAUAAUUAAAAUAAAAUGAAAUGGCCUUGUUGUGAGUAUGGGCCUGCACUUUAUACUUUCCCUCUUUUCCAUAAGUAUAGGCUUGCAUGUUGGGGCAAGCAGUGACCAUAAGAGACCAUAAAGCCAUGGCUUACUCGAAGUGGCCCUUUAAGGCAAAGCAUCUAGUAACUGUGCGCCAAACUUAAGCUUACCUCACUCCUCAGGAUAUUGCAGGUCAAGCAUUAUUAAAUAAAUAAAUACAUUUAAGGGAUGGGCAGCCACCUCCACUUGUCCUGUGUUUCAAAUGUCCGUGAAUAUGUGCUAUGCAUUGCUCUUGGAAAAUUAUAUAUUUAUGGUGAAGAAAACGACAUACUUUGGUUCUCAGUCAUUAUUUUUAUCUUGGCGCACGAAAAGAGGCAGCGGGACUUAGUAGUCGUCGAGUGUCUGGAACUCCAAAUCGGACACUCGACUUAUCGAACGUUGGUCAACUUUGUGAACGCCUGCUUCUUUUCCCUGACCAACCAGGAGAGAGCACUGUUCGGUAGGUUUGUUCUCACGAACCCAGGGAACAAAUGCUACCUAUGAGCCAGGGGCACCGUUUGUGGAUUUGUUCGGUUAAGCAUUCCCGAAAUUGACCGACUGCUACCCAUGAAACUCUGGAACUAUUUUGGGCAAGCUCCUCGUGAGCGGUCGGUCAAAUCUUUACCCCGGUGGCGAUUUGGCUAUGUUCAAAGGAUUUGAGCACUAUUUGGACAACUUGGGUGCUCUGAUCCAAGCUAUCCAGGGAUAUGACAUUUAUGGGGGGUUCCUAUAAUAUUUAUGUGUUUUAUUAUGUACUUUUGAUGUACUUUUGAUAUUAAAUAUUUUAUGUUGGGUCAUUGUGACUCAGGAAUGUAAGGGGCGUGUUGUGUGUGUACUGUAUCCCUGUCUUGCAUAAAAGCCGGCUGUUUGGCCUGAAUAAAGACAUUCCUGUUGUACCCUUCAUCUAGUUCAGGCUGAUGAUAAAUAAGAUAAUUAUAGGGCAACAGAUUUUUUUAGCACCAAAAGAAAUCGGCUCAGCAUUCAAAUCAUACUAUCAAGAACUGUAUAAUUUGCCAGAUCAUACCUCUCAUACUGAAUUGGAAGCUUAUUUUCAAAAUAAAUCAUUUCCCUCUUUAAAUCUACAACAAUUGACACAACUUAAUGAACCUAUAACAUCAGAAUAAGUAAGUGCCAUUAUUAUUAAUCUUAAAGGAAAUAAAGCCCCCUCACCCAAUAAAUAUAUUGAUCUGUUUUUAGAUAAUGUUGAAGGCAAAUUUGUUUCCGAUCCUCAAACAAGAUAAAAACCCAACGCAAUUAGUAAAUUAUCACCCAAUAGCAUUACUCAAUAUUGACUACAAAAUAUAUGCACUAUAUUAGCUAAUAGAAUUGAAAAAGUAAUUACAACACUUAUGGCUCCUGACCAAGUAGGAUUCAUCCCUGGCAGAUCUUCUAUCAACCCAUUGUACAGCGCUACGGAAUCUGAUAGCGCUAUAUAAAAAAUAAUAAUAAUAAUUACAUUACAAAAAUUAUAAAUUUAUAUCAAAGAAUUCAUGCGUCUAAAAUUCCUUUUCUAAGUCUAAAAUUAAAAUUCUUUCAGCUAUUUCAGCGAUGUAUUCUUCUCCCUCUGGCAGAGUAGUGGGUCAGGGAAUUGAAUCAGACUGGUUUGAAAUAACCUAUGGAACCUGUCAGGGAUGCCCUCUUUCCCCGUUGCUUUAUGUAAUUGCCUCAGAAACUUUGGCCAUGGAUAUAAGGACAAAUUCAAAUAUAUAGGGCUUUAAGUUAAAAGAAAGAGAAAUUAAAAUAUGCCAAUAUACAGAUGACACUUUCACUCUUUUCAGUCAAUAAUGUAAUGGCAGUAAUACAGAACGAUAGUCUCUUGUCAAACUGUAAACUAAAUGUGGAGAAAACAACAGCUAUGCCAUUUUAUAUGGACAAACAAGAAAUAAAAUAUCUUGAUAGGAAGUUUAGCUUUAAAUGGGUAAAGAAAAAAAUAUAGAUAUUUAGGAAUCAAAAUAACAGCUAACCCUAAUGAAUUAAUGCAAGUAAAUUGUCUAUCUCUGCUAAGAGAGACUAAUCAUCUUUUAAAAACAUGGACGAAUAUGAAAAUCUCCUGGUGGGGAAGAGUUAGCACCUUAAAAUCCUAUGUUGUACCUACAUUUAUAUAUCUUUUUAGAAUGGUUCCCCUAAAAGUGCCCACACCUUGGCUAAAGAUGGUACACACGGCUUUCUCAAAAUAUAUUUGGCUAAACAAAAAACUAGUAUAGGUGUUAAUCUAUUACUCCUUAAUAAGAAACAGGGAGGUAUUGGUUUCCCAAGCAUCGAUCUAUACUACAGAGCCUCCCCCUUAAUGCACGUAGCACUUAUGCACCUUGACAACUAAAAAUCCUAAGGAUGGUAUGAGAUAGAGGCAGAUAGUAUUAAAUCCCCUUUGGCCUGUUAAAUUUGAUAAACUACCUUUGGCCUGUUAAAUGUUUGAAGAAAAAUUGUCCCAGUGAGGUAGAAAAUACAAUACUGCAAAACCUCUUUAACUUCUAGAAUCGUUUCAAAAGAGAUGUAAGUCUAGAUAAUAAAAUCUUGCCGUCUCUCCCACUUACACACCUGAUGAAUAUGUUAGAAAAUUUGGAUUUGUCAUUAUGGGUCCAGCAGGAUAUCACCGAAAUCACCAUGCUCUGGAAUCCAAAAAGCCUUAACCCCUUACGGACACAACAUCUGGAAUAAAAGGGAAUCAUGACGGAAUAUUUCCGUCAUGUGUCCUUAAGGGGUUAAAACCUUUCUAAAUUUACAGCAAUCUUAUAGUAUUCCACAGCAGGAGAUAUUUAAUAAUAUUAGAAUUAGUAUUUUUUUUUAAACUUAUAUAUAGAAAAAAUUCAAAUGAAAUAGUGAACAAAUUAAACAAUAUUAUUGAACUUGGAAGUUACAUAAUUACUUUUGAAAUGUAUUGUUAUAGUACAAGUUAUUAAAGGAAAUACUAUCCCCAAGGCAAAAGACAGGUGGACUAGAGAUCUUAAAAAAGAAAUUUAAAUCUCAGAGUGGUAUGCUGCCCUACAAACAGUAUACUCAUCAAUUCAUUGCCUUACUAUAAUGGUAACACAUUACAAGAAUCUAAAUAGGUGGCAUUUAACGCCUCAAAAACUAUAGAAGAUGUAUCCUCAGGAUAGAUGUUUCUGCUGGAGAGGCAACGCUGACAUAGCCGAUGAAAUACAAAUAUGGUGGGAAUGUCCUCUAGUUAAAUCCAGUUGGGAAACACUUUUUGAAUAUAUUACUUAAUUCUUAGGAUUAAAACGGGUGUGGACAGAAGAGAUGGCAAUAUUAAAUCUGAUAUUACCAUCUCUACCGAAAAGCCAAAGACCGUUUUUGAUCCAUAUUUUAGUGGUCUUUAAAAGCUCUGUUGCCACAAAGUGGAAAAAUGGUUGAACCGUGGCCACAAAUUAAAGAGCGUGUCAAAUUCCACUGUAAGAUGGAACAAGAAAUUGCCUCUAAUUUUUGUGUCAAUUGAGAAAAAUACUGUAUUUGGGACAACUGGUUAAAGAUUUCAGGAUCGACGCUAUAAAGGGCAGUUGAGACCCAGAGAUAACUUGAGUUGAGUAUAUAAUAGUUUCCUCUGUUUCCAUCAUAUGGCCUUGCCCUCCCAUACUGCCCUUAGGUAAUUUAGCUAAUGUAGUUUUCUUCACACUAUAUGUCCAUAUAUGUAAGUUUGCAUUUUAUAUGUAAUUUUCAUAUAACAAAUGAUAAUGAAUAAUGUAUGUAUUUAUAUUUUGAAAACCAAUAAAAAAGUACUGUAUAUACUCGUGUAUAAGUCGAUCUCAUGUAUAAGUCGAGUGCAGUUUUGUGACCAACAAUUGUGAAAUAUGCUAUGCCUCAUGGAUAAGUCGAGGGUAAGACUUGGGGCUAUGAAAUUCUGUGAUUUUUAUAAUUACAUACACACACACUCAUACAAACACACACUCUGCAUUAUAUAUACACACACUCAUACAAACACACACUCUGCAUUAUAUAUACACACACACUCAUACAAACACACAUUCUGCAUUAUACACACACACACACUCAUACAAACACACACUGCAUUAUAUACACACACUCUGUGUAUAUAAUGUAGAGUGUGUAUAUAAUGAAGAGUGUGUGUUUGUGUAGUGUGUGUGAACUGGGUGGGGGGAGGGCAUUUUUAUUAUUUUAAUUUUAAUAUAAUUUUUUUUUAUUAUUUGAAUUUUUUUUUGUCCCCCCUCCCUGCUUGUUAACCGGUCAGGGAGGGGGGCUAUCUUAAUCCCUGGUGGUCCAGUGGCAUGGGCUGUGAAGUGGGGGGCCAGCAGGAAGCAUUUACUUACCUUUCCUGCAGCUCCUGUCAGCUCCCUUCUCCUCCGUUCCGGUCAGCUCCACUGUAAGUCUCGCGGUCUGGUUGCCGCGCGGAUUGUUGCCACGGCUCUGACGGCCGCAGCUCUCUAAGUUGCCAUAAUACAGACAGUGACUCGAGUAUAAGUCGAGUGGGGGUUUUUAAGCACAAAAAAUGUGCUGAAAAACUAGACUUAUACUCGAGUAUAUACUGUAUUUAUUAAAAAAAAACAAAAAGAGAACCUACUGCUAUAUCAGGGAAACGGCAGUGUUUGCAUUUAUCCCAUACCGCACCUUUAGGGGCUGCCAGGAAAAUUGUGUGGUUUCGCGCCAACAAGUCCAUUACUAUGACAUUGCACUGAGAAUAAGCCAAAUCCUCCUCGUCUCUAAAGUUUCGCUAUGAGAAGCAUUGGAUUGGACCAAAGUUAGCAAUACUGUCAACUUUUCUCAAAAGCGUUGUGGCAGCUUCAUAGUGACUAACCCAGCCCAGGAAUAAAAUUUAGCUUUAAGGAGAUUUUUACAUAAAAAUAAAAUAAAAAAAUAGGUGCCAGGAAUCCAUUCAGUAGCAUUCAUGUUAAAAAAUAAAUAUAUUAUAUUUAUUUUUAACAGUGUGUUCCUUUAAUAAACAUGCACACACAGUGAUAAUACCAAAAUUAUCCAGGAACCAUGAUCAUCAUGAAUGAUGGAUUACAACACUUGAGUGCAUCUAAGACAAUAGGACGUAUUGAGCAGCUUUCUAGCAUGUUACAACAGAAUAUGGAUUGCUACAAAGAACAAGUGAAGUAAUACGGGGCUUUGGAUGCCCCGAGGACAGGAAUAUAUGAUGAUGUAUUAUUUCAACAGAUUAUGGUUGUAUGAGAUGAACACCAAUGCGGCUCUGUAUUAAUAUAUAAUAUGCUUCUAAAACAUGUUACUGCCAAAAGAGGAGUCAAGGCAUCCACUAAGUAAAGUAUGAACUAAUUAUGCCAAACAGAAACUCAUAAAAUGCUACUGAAAUUACCUCAAUUUAUACAUAGUACACAAACAGGCAACAGUGCGCACAAACAAACAUUCUUUUAAAAAUUGAAAAGCUAUUUGCAUGAUUUGCACUCAUGUUAAAAUGAAGUUGUAACCCAGCACCGUUGAAUAACUGUCAUAUUGCUCGGCGAAACCAUAUGGUGUGAACAAAUCCCCAUAUUUAUAAUUUAGGUAGGGGAAUUUAAAGAAACACUAUAGGCUCAGAACACAAACAUGUAUUCCUAACCCUAUAGUGUUAAAAUUACUAUCUAGCCCCCCCGACCUCUCCCCUGCCUCCCUAAAUUUAGUAAAAUCGUACCUUUAUUCCAGUCUGCUGGUGCUAGCUGUGCCCCCUGAUCUGCCUCCUUGGCUGACAUCAUCAGGAGUAAUGAUCUCAGCCAAUCCAAUGCUUUCCCAUAGAAAAGUAUUGGAUUGGCUGAGAUAGUCAAUUCUGAUGAUCUCAGCCAAGGGGGCAGGGCAGGGUGGAGUCACUGGAGGAAGCACCUCUAGCAGCCAUCUGAGGAGUGGCCACUGGAGGUGUUCCUAGGCUUUAAUAUAAACACUGCCAUUUUUCUCUGAAAACAGUGUUUACUGCAAGAAGCCUAGCAGGGACUGACUAUAUUCACAAGAACAAAUACAUUAAGCUGUAGUUGUUCUGGAGACUAUAGUGUCCCCUUAAAACUUAAGUGACAGAAUAGUCUGAAAGCUUAUACCAAUCUUUACCUAUCCUGUGGUAAUGCCACUGUGUGACCGCUACAUUGACUCGGUGAAUUAUUCACCGAACUGUGAAAUGAGGGGAAUUUAACAUAAAAUCCGAGUAAAUUUACAAUUUUAACAGACUUCAACAAUUUUUUUUGCAGCUUGGCAAAUAGUUGAGUCUCAUAGAUUACUGUACACAUAGUAUCUACAAUCAGGAACUUUAGAAUCCUCGCCAUUUAUAUUACCUUAUAAUUGUUUCCCCUGUGGAAUGAUAUUCUUACCAGUGAGCAAAAUCGCACCUCUCUAACAAUAACCUCAAUGCUUGGCUUGUGCAGGUAAGCAGCACAUAUUUGAUUAGCCCAUAACAUUUCUUUCGCUUAAGUGUUCUCUUUCGUAGACAUUCACAACUUGGAGUGUAGAGAUACUUAUAGAACGUUUAUCUUUUCUGAACCGCAUUUGUUUUCGACUUCUUUUUUUGUGACGCCCCAGUUCACUAAUUUUCCCUUAAGUUUUGGUUUGUUUGUUUUUUCUCUACAAAAAAAAAAAAUGUAAGUGGAAAUUGUGAAAUUAUGUGCGUUGUUGAACAGACCUCCAGAUGUUAUUAUUCCAAAAUUUUCACUAUAUGUCACAACGAUGUUAACGUACCUCUUCUGAAACAAGAGUGGAUUAUUCCACAUCUGAAUCCACAUCAAAAAGACAGACAUUUUCAUGCUCCAACUAUUUACUAUUAAUAUACCCAUCCCUUUAACUAUUCACCAAACAAUUGUUUCUUAACAAAGUCACUGAAGGCAUCCCGGGUGCAACGCUACAAAGCUACAGUACAUUUACUAUCUUCAGAAUUACUCAUAUGUGCAUUAUGAGGAGCUGAACAUUGAUCAGUGGGUGUUUUAUAUGAUAUGUGCACCUGUGCAAUCCUGGUUUCGAAGGUUCCCAACAACUGUCUUGUUUAAAGGGGAAGUAAAGUAUUUUUUUGAAAUGGCCCUGUUUUAUUGUGCUACAUGAUUUACAGUAAUAUGUUUUACUUGUGGGGCGGUUACAACAGAAGGGACACAUUCACACUACAUGAAUACGCAACGCACAUUCAUCGGGAGGCAAGUUGUUAAACAGAACUGUCCAUCCAGUUGAGUUAAUGAGGCCUAAAAUUUGCAAUUAUCGUGUCACUUUUUCACAUUUUCCAUCUUAGUGGAAAAUCAUAAGAGAUUGUAUUGCAUGGUUUUUGCUAUUUUAUUCUUAAUAAUUUUUUUAAUUAACUAACUGCCUUCCCUGUAGACGGCUUGGGUGAACUUUUUAUGAAUUGAAGGGAUUGAACUUCUGUCAUGAAGGAGGUAAACAACAUGAAAGCAUUUAACAAAAAUGACCUAAUCUUUUUCACAGUUAUCUCUGGGUUGGUAGAGGUAGGGUAGCCUCCUUUUAUAUAAUACAAUACGAAAGGUACAUUCUUGAUUAAACGUUAACAGCAAGAUAGACAGAUAAGGUUUGAGUGAUUUUUCUUAACAGAAUGAAAGAGAAAGACUAGUAAACACAGACAGUAAAGAUAGUAAAUUAAAGUUUGCCAGUGACUUCAACCUAGUACUGCCUUGAUGCGUGUUUGCAGUGCCCCCUGCUGGUAAAUUAACUUUGAGACAAUUACGGCUGCUAUAGGCUUCCAGCAUGCAGUUGCUCGUGGCAACCUUAAAUACAGUCUAUACUGCCAUGCCAACAAAGAAUGCUAUAUACAUUCAUAUAGUUCCUAGUAACAGCAUAAUAUAUAGACAAACUUUUAUUAAAAUUACAUUGUUAUGUGCAGUUUAUAGAGCAGUUAUGUUCUAAAUAAGUAUUUCUGGAUAAUAAAUUCUCUAGCAGAAUCAGUAACCCUCCACGUACUAGUAACCAACCAUUGAAAUGUAUAAACUGCUCAAUAGAGCCAAAGCAAUGUAUAUACUGUGCCUUCAAUACAGGCAUGUAUAUGCAUGCCACAACAGCUGAUUUAUGGAAAUAGCUGAAGUACUGAUCAUUUUUUUUUCCAGGUCCCUAAAAUUUUGCUAUUUUGACAUAUAUAUUUUUUUUAUUUUCGGUAAUUAAGGUUAAAUCAAAUAUGAAAUUACUACAUACAAUAAUCAUUUAAAAUAUUCAGUGUUUUACGUAAAAUAACAUAAAUUGCUAUGGUAAUUCAUUAACGGCCUACCAAGAGCCACCACCACUACCACCAAUACAACCAUAUUAAUUAAACGUCUGAAUAUAUACAUUUGUCAAAUGGCAGUUUAACCCCUUAAGGACACAUGACAUGUGUGACAUGUCAUGAUUCCCUUUUAUUCCAGAAGUUUGGUCCUUAACCCCGGUAAACGCUAUUGCAGCAUUUACUGGCGUGAAUAGAACUGCUGAGGUAAGUAUAAAACCUACCUUUGCUACACAUCUGUAUUGUGGUGGUUCUGCCAUUCUCUAUGGUAUAAAACCUAUCUCCACCACACACCCGUGUUGCUGUGGCCCUUAAAGAGAAAUGCUGGAGAUGGGUGUUAAACAAAGGGGGAAGGGGAGCAGAAUAGCUACAAUAUUCUAUUUCCUCACCCUAUCCACAGGUCUAGAACAUCUCUUUGCAGUCCUAUAAGAACAAUCCAAGCGCGAAAACAACUUAAUCGAGAACGGUUUAACCCCUUGAGGUAAGCAUGCCUCCGGGGGCCUCCUGGCACUAUAACAACUUCAUUUAGAUAAAGUAGUUUUGGUGCCUGGAAUGUCCCUUUACUACAGGUGUUACAGUUAAUGUAAUUACACACUGGGUCUCGGAAUUCAAAUGAACCAGUAUUUUAACAUAUGUAGAAUGUUGCUUCUUGGAAUCGUCCUCAGUCUGUAGAACCAGUCCGUGUAGAUCACUCUAUGUACCAUGUGCUUUUACCCCUGUGCAUAAAUACACCCCCGUUUGCAAUAAAAAAAAAAAAGUAAAAAAACGAUCACUAAUUUAUAAUUUUUUCACAGCGCUCCCUGGGAGUUACUUAUCUCUAAUCCUCCCGUGACAUCAUGGAGGAGGCGAGGAGCAUUAGGGAACCGACGCCACAUGCGCAUCAAGUAUCCCAUAAGAAAACAUUAAAUAAGUGCUUUCCUAUGGGGGCUGCAGUCACAUUUCCUUAUGACAGCCACAGGAGGUGGUUCAACCUACAUGGACCACCGCACUCAGACCACUUCAUUGAGAUAACGUAGCCUGGGUGACUUUAGUGAUCCUUUAACAUUUUUUCUUGAGAUGAUGUGUUUUUAGUCAGACAAGGUAAAGCAACUGCACAAACUGCAAACGAAGAGGAAAAAUAGAAACAUUGUUUCCUUUCUUCACUUCUCUGUAAAUUGUGUCUAUAUUGAUGGCAGGUGCCAAUAGCAGUGAUUGUCAGGGAGCUAAGAUGGAGGCGCCCAGUUGCAGUAUAAAGACGUGACAAAUAUAAGGGAUAAGUAACGUAUUAUUAAAAAGCCAGAGAAGCUGUAGCUCUAUUUAAGUAUUUUUUAAAAAUGUGCAUAAUUUGUUUUAAUGUUUCUGCAAUUUCUUCAUUUUCUACAAGGUAGAGACCUGUGGGUGAUUAUUGUGGGGAGAAACCCAAAGACGCACAUCGUUGGCAUUCCAGAAUUUAAGUAUGUCGCAAACAUGCACGGUAAUGAGGUAUGUUCCAUUUAAAGACCCAGCUCUACAUUUGGAGAAUUUACAACCUUUUAGAAUCCUGUGUUAUAUCCAUCUGUGCUCAGAUCUGACAUGACUCCCAGAGCCUGUAUACUUGUCAUGGCCUUGGAUUGAUUUAGAACACUAAUUGCUUUCCAUAAUUCUAUUUUGUAGUUGCUAUGCAUCUGUAAUUUCUGUGUGCUUGCUAAUGUGCUUUUAGCCUAGAGCAAAUGCUGAUAUCUUUGUUUCGUCCAUGUUUUUAAUCAUCUCAAAACAUAUGACAAUGCAGUUCUGAUAUCCUCCAUAGGAGCCUGGCUGCAAGAUGGUGUUCAUGUUACAUUCGGACGUUUUUGAAAUUCUAAUUAGAACUCAAAUGGAUUCUAUGUUAUACAUGGACCAAACUCCCCCUUCUCUUUUUCUCUCCUAUUUCGCAUACAUCCAACAUUAUAUGUAAAUAUUUUAGUUUGGGGCGGGGCGGGGCGGGGCUGGAUUAAUGAAAGCACCAUGACCUCUUCAGUAAUUUUAAGUGGUCAUGAUGCCCAGAGUCUUUAUGUGCAGCAUUUCACUAUAAAACGUUGCACUUACGGAGAUUAAACCCUCUGCCGCUGGAGGUAACUCCAAUACAGGCAACGUCAUUGUGGUUCAUUAGCCAGCCCGGAAGCUAAUGUGAAUGCUGAGCAAAUUGUAUGUCUGGCGCCAGACAGCCAAUGGAGGCACGACCUCCCUCCAUGCCACCCAUGUAAUUCCUUCAGCCUGCCAUCCCUUGCAUCCAUCUACCUCCAGCAAAGUGGAUUGAUGACAGUGGAGGAAGAUUGGACUGCAGGGAGAACGUGGCCUUGGCACUGGAAAGGAGGUAUAUUUUAGAUGUUCUCUCUUUUUUGGGGGGGGGGUGAUAGUGGGGGACGGCCAGUAUAGGAAGGAUUAUUGUGACCAAAUACAAUGUUUUCUCAAAAUGCAGUUUUUUGUUGGGAGUAACCCUUUUAACAUCUUUCACUAUCCGCAGCAGGUUGUGAUUUUAUAGUGUUCUGUUUCGUAUGACAGGUGUUUUACGUGCCAUUUACCUCUCAUUGAUAAUCUUUGACGGUAACCAUUACUAUAUGUAAUCACAAUUUAUUACUUUUGCUACUUCCCUCUAACACAGAUUAUUUUCCUAUUCUUUUUCAAUAAACAAUGAUUUACGAACAUAUUACAACUCUGGAGAAAACUAGUUUUCUAAAAUUCAAAGAUGAUAAUGUUUUGAAUGUAUUUUAAUAUGUGUUAGACAAUAUUAGCAUACAGAUAUUACAUCCAGCAUUCUACAGGCAGAACAUUUACCCGAUUCCAGAGCAGUUUGUGUGCUAUUUAUGAUGCAUAGUAUAAUGUAAUACAAUAAUUUUCAUUGAAUAUUACUAAUGCUACAGUAGGGGUCCUGCCUGCGUCACAGUCAAACAAUAACUAGUUUUAUUACAAAUUUGAGGUAUUUCUAAAACAAAACAAAACAUAAAAAACACAAUAUUUAAUAUCCCAAUAGCACCAUCUGCUGGUUAUACACACAUAUUACAAGCACUAUACUGAACACACAUUUUAAAUAUAAAAUACUUGUAUACCGCAUACAUACCCCUUGGAAUGCAUUUUUAAUUUAUCAAAGUAUUACGAUGGAUAUCAUUGAUAUAUUCCAUAUGUUCAAAAUUUAAUAUACACACUAGACUUUUCAGUUUAGUGAAUAACUCUCUGUGUGUUCAAGAGACAGGUUCUAAACAUUUUAUAAGCCUUUGUUACUGCAGUAUCUGGACCUAGUUAAAGUGAUUAAAACCAAACACUGUUAGACACAAUGAUUACCAAUCUAUUAUUGAUUUGGCAAAUUAAUCUGGAUUCAAAAAUCUGUUUAUCUUAUUGUUAUUUAUUUAUUUAUUUUUUCAUAUUUCAUUUUUGGUAGGAAAUCCAAUGGAUUUCUACGUGUAGCGUUGCAUACAUGUUUUUACGUUGUUAUUUCACCUUUGUUCUGUAUUGGUCCUUCUGACUUGUUUUGUUUUUGCUAAUGAUACUUGAAAUAAUUGGAAAUAAAACCAAACACUGCUAAUUAUUUUUUUCACAUUCAAAUAGCAUAAAAAAAUGUAUGUUGUUUUUCUUUCAUUAAAAGGCUGUGGGUCGGGAAUUAAUGCUUCAUCUGGUAGACUAUCUGGUAACAAAUUAUAAAUCUGAUCCAGUGAUUUCAGAUUUGAUCAACAAGACCCGGAUACAUAUAAUGCCUUCUAUGAACCCUGAUGGCUUUGAAUCAAGUGCUUCAACAUGUGAAUCGUUAACUGGCAGGUGAGGAACCUUUGAGUAAUGUCCAAAGACAGUGCAGAGAAACUUUGUGUUUGUUAAAUUCAAAUUGGUGUGUAUGACCUGAUCUCAGGUUAUAAAUACCAAAAAAGUAAUUCUUUGAGACUUGAAGAAAGGAAAUUUUGCCUAAAGCACACUAAAGGGUUCUUCGCAGUAACAAGAUCCAGAUUAUGUUUUUGAAAAACAGAAUAUUAAAGGGUACAAUUUUUAACGUAGGUUGUGUGUUGAUCCAAGGAGAUAUCUGAGAUUCCAUUUUGGAAUUAAGAAGGACAUUUUCCUGUUUGUGGCCCAAUUGAAAAAAGCUUCACACUCUUUUUUUAUUUUAUUUUUUUCCUUCAUUUGGCUGAGUUGUAGAAGCAAAUGUGUGGGCAGUUGAACUUGAUGGACGUUGGUCUUUUUUCUACCUAUUACUAAGAUUACUAAGUAUGCAAAUAUAAUGUAAAUCCUUAUAAAUAUAUCUCUGUUUGUACAUUUUUUUAAAAUAAAAUACAUUUUAAGAAUUCAUCCAUUGAUAUUCCUUGCCAUCAUUUUUUUCUUUUCAUUUCAAGGUACAAUAAAAAUAAUUACGACCUGAACAGAAAUUUUCCUGAUGCGUUUCAAAGAAAUUUAGCUCCUAUUCAGCCGGAGACCAAGGCAGUGAUGGACUGGUUACAGACUGAGACUUUUGUCCUGUCUGCUAAUUUCCACGGUGGUGCUAUGGUUGCCAGCUAUCCAUACGAUAAUGCUAAUUCAUGUAAGAACUUUGAAUUCCUUGUUAUUGAUUCCAAAGUGAGUGUUUUAAAGGUUCCCAAUAUUACAAGUCAAAAAUCUUGCCUUUAUCACCAAAUUAUGAAACGUUAUAUAUCUUAGAGAUGAUGUAGUGCUAAAUAAAACCAACACUCCAGCGUUACAAAUAAAUACAUUUAUUUCUAGAGCUCCAGUGUUGAAAAGUUGAUUUAAAUUCAGCCUACAACGUUUGCCUCGUGUACCCCACUGCGCAUUGAAAGCAAAUGUCUCGCUGUGCCUACAGAGUGCUUUACAUAGAGAAACAUUGAUUCCAUUUAUUAUUUAGGAGAAAUCCUCACAUCGGCUUUGAGCAAAAUCAAAACGAAUUAGUAAUAACUCCCUCCCAGCUGUCCAUCUGAGCUUCAUAAAAGUGACGAUUUCUUUUGACUUCAGCACUUUUAUAAACUAACAGAGAGGUGGCGUUCACUUAAUCCCUAAAACACUUCAGCAAAAUGGAGUGUUUUAGGGGUGUAGAUUGUCCCUUUAGAUGAAGUGCUUGCUAAAGGAAUGAAAACCAAACUGGUUGGCUCCAAAACACUUAGAUGCAUGUCUACGCCCUGGUAAAGGAUGUGAAUUGUGACAAACUCUCAUUGUCUCCUGUUAGCUAAACUAAAAAAUUUUCUUUCUAAUGCAGCUACAAAUAGAAUUUCUCCAGACAAUGAUGUGUUCAUCUACCUUGCGAAACUAUAUGCUAACACACACGCCACCAUGUACAAGGGUACGGUCUGCUCUACUGAUUCAUUUCCAAAUGGCAUCACUAAUGGGUUUCAAUGGUAUCCAGUACAAGGUGAGCAUUUUUCAGUAGUAACUCAUUGUUUUUUUCUCAUUGUUUUCAAGAUAAAAAAAAGGACAAUCCUUCUGUUACGUUGCACAGUGGGUGUCAUACCUUGUGUCCCGCACCGUCCCGGUCCCGCCGUCCGUCCUCUCCUGUCAGGCGGUGCAGAUUGCUGGCUGGUGUCGCACGCGCACGCCUCCAGGGGCGUGCGUGCAUCUGGGAGGGCGUCCGAGGACGUGCGCGCGCGCGCACACGGUAGCUGGCAGGGGUGACGUGACAUUAACUUUUAAAGUGAUAGUAGCCUAUUGCUACUAUGUAUUUAUAUCUUCCCUUAUUUCUGUCCCUGCCUAUCAGAAUACACCUUACCCUAUAUUAACCUCCUUCUGACAUCACUUCCUUGCCCUGUCGUGGUUUAUUAUAGCCCAAGAGUGCAUUCUGAGUAGUUGUCUUUCUUUGGUUUCUGACUUUGUUUGUUAUUCGGUUAUUUUCGUUUCUGGCUCCCUGAACUUGGCCCUGUCUAUUCGCUUUCCCGUAUCUCUAUAUCCCUGACCUUGGUGUGUUUGACUUUUCUUAUCUCUAAUUCCUACGUUAAGUCCGGCCACUUUAAGGUCCGGUAAUACUGCCUGUGCUUGCCUUUAUUGUUCUCUGGUUUGCGUGUUGGGGAGUAUUAACCUUGACACUGGGAAGCCGAACAACACAGUAAAAUACUACAGAAAUGUAAUGAUUGGGAAGUUUGUGAUUGGGCAACCACAGAAGGUCUGUGCUGGGUUAGGAAAAGAGGCCUUGCAAAGUCUUCAGGCAAGAGAUAUUUUUUUUAUGGUAGUGGAGUGUCCCUUUCCAGAACUUACACUCCUCCUUGUUUUUCUUUCCGGGUAUCUGUGCGGACAAUAAACUAAUAAACUGUUAUAAAAAUAGAAAACAAUCGUGCCUUGCAGAACAGGCCAGGUGUACGCCGAGAAAUAGCUUGUCGUAAACUCAAGAAACAGGAAGUGAAUAUGUCUUACUAAAAUAACUGGGCAAGUAUGUACACAACCCAGAUCCUAGAGCUUUAGAAAUGUCAAAGGCCUGGAGCCUACAGGCAAACAAAAAUCAUACCUGCUGCUUCACUCCUAUAUAUUACUCCGAUAUCAGACAUCCAGGUACAGGAUUAUUCAGAAAAGUGAUAAUUCAAAGUGAGUUUCAAGUUUAAGUUAAAUUUAGCCAGACUGGAAAAAUUCUCUAAGUCAUCUAUGCUUUUACUUCGGCUACUCUGGCCUUGAAAUUCACUUUUAAUUGUCACCUUAGUAAAUAAUCCUGAUAGAUUUUUUUUCUAAAUCAGAAGUAAACUAGUGUUUUAAAGGUUGCAGCCCUGGUACCCUGUGAUCUAGUGGUCGGGAGGAAGUUCAAACCCUGACUCACUUGGCCGGCCAAUGGUGAUGGAGUUGUCCUAUCAAACAAGGACAAUAAGUAAAUCUAUCUCUGUCAAUGAUGAUUUCUUUUUUUGUCAAUAUUUGUUAAUAAGUUCCUGGUAGGAAGAUGCAAUGAGCCAUUUUUUUUAUAAUGAUAAGACCUCUGCAUAUUCAUAUUAUUGGAUUGUCUAUCUCAGUAUAUCUAGCAAACGUGAUAAAAACACCAAUUCUGCAAUAUAUAUGGCAUUUCCUACAAACGUACACUGAUUUGGGUGAAUUCCUACUUCCAUACCUGAUACAAUAGCCCCAUCUAGUGGUAGUGAUAUACUGUGCAUGUGCAGUCUAAAAUUAGUCUUGUAAGAUGAAAUGGCAAACUUACAUUUACCAUGAUUUAUAUAGCACCGACAUAUUCAGCAGCGCAGUACAAUAGAAAACAUUUAAUUUUAACAAAACAUCUGUGACAUUUGGGAACAGUAGGUAAAUAGGACCCAAAUAAGCUCACAAUUUAAAGGCUUGAUAGACUGUCUUGACCUACUAUUACAAAUGAGUUAUAAAUAAAUAUUGAUGUUUUAUCCUUAUUGGAACCAUUCCGUUGUACCUUGUGCAGCAGAUUAGAUAGAUACCUACCUGAUUUUUGCUGUAAAAUUAUCUAACCCAUUUUUAUCUGUUGUGUUUUAAGGUGGUAUGCAAGAUUACAACUACAUAUAUUCCCAGUGUAUGGAAAUUACGCUGGAGGUGUCCUGCUGUAAAUAUCCUGACGCAUCAACCAUACAGGGUCACUGGAACGAUAAUAAAGCAGCCAUGAUUGAAUAUAUGAAGCAAGUGCACAUAGGUAUGUACUGGGAGACAGUGGAUCAGUCCGAUCUAAAGGGCUUUAACGCAGCCAGGUCUGGGAGUAAAUGUGUGUAUGUAUGUAUGCAAAGCGAAGUCUGGGAGUGUUUGUGUGUAUGUAUGUAUGCAAAGCGAAGUCUGGGAGUGUUUGUGUGUAUGUAUGUAUGCAAAGCGAAGUCUGGGAGUGUUUGUGUGUAUGUAUGUAUGCAAAGCGAAGUCUGGGAGUGUUUGUGUGUAUGUAUGUAUGCAAAGCGAAGUCUGGGAGUGUUUGUGUGUAUGUAUGUAUGCAAAGCGAAGUCUGGGAGUGUUUGUGUGUAUGUAUGUAUGCAAAGCGAAGUCUGGGAGUGUUUGUGUGUAUGUAUGUAUGCAAAGCGAAGUCUGGGAGUGUUUGUGUGUAUGUAUGUAUGCAAAGCGAAGUCUGGGAGUGUUUGUGUGUAUGUAUGUAUGCAAAGCGAAGUCUGGGAGUGUUUGUGUGUAUGUAUGUAUGCAAAGCGAAGUCUGGGAGUGUUUGUGUGUAUGUAUGUAUGCAAAGCGAAGUCUGGGAGUGUUUGUGUGUAUGUAAGCAAAAGGGAAGUCUGGGAGUGAAUGUGUGUAUGUAAGCAAAAGCGAAAUCUGUCAGUGAAUGUGUAUAUGUUUGCAAAAGCAAAGUCUGGGACUGAAUGUGUAUAUGUAUGUUAAAGCGAAGUCUGGGACUGAAUGUGUAUAUGUAUGUUAAAGCGAAGUCUGGAGCUGAAUGUGUGUAUGUAUGUUAAAGCGAAGACUGGGGCUGAAUGUGUAUAUGUGUGUUAAAGCGAAGUCUGGGAGUGAAUGUGUAUAUGUAUGUUAAAGCGAAGUCUGGGGCUGAAUGUGUGUAUGUCUGUAAAAGCAAAGUCUGGGGGUGAAUGUGUAUAUGUAUGUAUGCAAAGCAAAGUCUGGGGCUGAAUGUGUAUAUGUAUGGUAAAGCGAAGUCUCCCAUACAAAUUCACCUGAACUUAUUUAAACUAAAAGCUAUUUAUGUUAAUAGGGUGUAAAUCAUAUAUUAUAAUCCUAUUCUAAAGCUUCAGGGAAUGCUUGUAAUACAUUGUUUUACACACUGUAGCUGAUUAGUGUUAAUUUGAAUAAUGCCAUGUUUCGCAAGUGGUCCAGCCGUUUAUUCUGAAUUUGUGCGCAGGGAUAAAGGGCCAGGUGUUUGACAUCACAGGAAAACCUGUACAAAAUGCAAUAGUGGAGAUUGUAAACAGACAACAUAUCUGUCCAUACCUAACCAACCAGCAUGGGGAGUAUUAUCUUCUACUUUUACCUGGGAACUACAGCUUGAAUGUAAGUAUGUGUACAUCUGAAAGGCAUGUGUUACCUAUUAUUAUCUUUAAUAUAGAGACCACAUUUAAAGACCCUCUCUGCGUGCAAAAUGUGAAUGGGACAGUUCAUUAAAGAAAAAUUAUAAGAAUUCACAGUGAAUUUUAAAUUUCAGGUCAAAUUAACCAACUGGAAAAUGUAUCUAAGUCAUCUAUACUAGUUUUGAUACACUGGCCUUAAAUGUGAAAUUCACUUUGAAUUUACUUAGAAUUUAUUCGAUAACAUACCAUUAAAAUUAUAGACUGAUCAUUUCUUUGUCAGUGGGCAAAUCAACAGGGGAUCAAAUACUCUCGGUUCAUUUUCUUCUCCUUUCCGUUUUCUAGGUCACAGUGCCUGGUACAUCUAUAUUAAAGAAUAUUUAUAUCCCACAAAGUCAAAAAUUUUCUGCUAUGCAAUAUAACUUUACUGUGAGUGUUCCGGUCAACAGUACAGCAUCAUCAGUGAAUACAAUGUGUCCACGUGCUUCUACGCAAUCGCCUUUCGCGCCUGAUCCAGAAGACGGCGGCAUUGCACUGAAUGCAGGCUUAUUGCCAUUCCUUCUGAGUACUGUUAUAAUGCUAUUACUGACAAACCAAUAACAGCACAUACUUGUAAAACAGUAAAGGUCUACUGAGACUUGAAGAAUUGUACAGAAAGCAAUAUAUAUAUAUUUAAAAUAUCUCUUUAAUGAAAUUUGCCUUUAUAUAAAAUGUAUUAUUGUAUUGCUUUUUAUAUAGGAUUUAUCUAUGAUGUCUUCUACAUCACUGGUGCACUUAUGCCAACCCGUUAGCUUCUCAUUUUGCACAGCUUGCUGGGUAUGUUAAAAUAUAUAUGCCGUAUUUUUUAUAAAGAAUUCACAAAGUGCCAAACGUCUACAACAAUCAGGGAAGAGAUUUUUUUUUUUCUUUGUCAUGUGACUAUGUAGCCACAACGCACAUUGUGUAACAGACACAACGACUUAAAAUGUAACAUAAGUAGCCAAACAUUAGGCGCCAGAUAUUGUAGAACUUUAGUUCCCAUGUUUAUAGUGUGCCGGAUAUGGCACACACAAUGUUGUUAAAAAUUUGAGAAAAUGUUAUGUAUACAUUGUGCAGGCAGUAUUGCUAGCACAUGUAUUGAUUUUUCAGAUGAUCUAAAAAAACAAAACUAUUGCCUCCCCUCACCUGUUACAAGGAAACCUAUGUCGAAAGCAUUUAAUGUGAAGACUGAAUGAGAGGUGAUAGGAAGAUAAAUCUACCUCCUCACUUUUAGACCAUCUUGUCUCUUGCCUUUCUUAAAGGGAAUCUAUAGUGCCGGAAAACAAAGUUGCUUUCCUGGCACGAUAAUGCCCCCUUCCCCCUUGGUGCAGAAGGGGUAAAAAAAAAAACCCCCAAAAAAACCUCCUUUCACUUACCUGGCUCGGCUCCACCUCCGCACCUACACAACCACCAGGUGGCGGGGGAAACCUAAUUCACAUGCACGGCAAUGGCCGUCUUCUCAUUAGGAAUUCCCCUAUAGGUACGCAUUAUACAAUGCUUUCCUAUGAGGUUUUGGGGGACGCUGGAUAUCCUCAUGCAUAGUUGAGGACGUCCAGCAUCAGUUAGGUGAUCAAAAGUCGCCUAACAACCUGAAAGUUCCUCUUGUGGCUGUCUGGUAGACAGCUACUAGAGCUGACGUUAAUCCUAAUUAGUAAUUAUUGCAGUUUCUCAGUAACUGCAAUAAUUACAAUUGCAGGGUUAAGGGACCUGGGGAUAUGCACCCUGACCACUUCAAUGAGCUGAAGUUGUCUGGGUGCCUAUAAUGUCUCUUUAGAGAAGAUUAUCAUCUAUUGGUCACUGAUGAUUCAUGCAAAAAUAAAUGUGUCAGUCUGUCAGCAAGUGGUGUACAACUUCCAUUAUCCCUAUUACAGAAUAUUUCUAUCCGAGGAAGAUGUGAACUAUAAUGUUAAAAUGGCUCGUGGGGUCAUAUUUUACCAGUUGUGUAUAAUGAUAUUUUCUCUAAAUCUUUUGGCUCUUCCUAUUUCUACGUUCCUAUAUUUAUGGUUUUGUUAAUUAUUGUAACUCAGGGACUUGAGGUAACUUUACUGCUUUUAAGUAAACUUUUUGCAUUUCCAUUGCCAAUCCUUCCUCUGUUAACGCAGUGUUCAGAACAUACAGAGCUAAUCCCUUCCCAGCAGUCAGUUACUGGGACACCGCCAUUAAUCUUUUCAUGGCUUAGUUUGGAGAUUAAUAAUUGAUAGUUUCCAUGACUGUGAUCUGUUUAAAAGUAAACCUACAAUAAAGUUUUUUUGUAUGUCUCAGUGGUGGCAUGGGUGGGUAUUUUUGUACAGUAAAUGUGCCAAGAUAACCCAGCCCCACAACAAACAAGUGAAAUUAGUUGGUGAUACCUUGUGGUCAACCUCAAUACUCAUCUGAAGCCAAAUCUUGAAAGGGUUGUGAGUCUCCAAUUCUGCUGGUAAAUAAUACUCCCUCCCAUAAAGCACUACAUUACAACUAAAUAUAUGGGAUGUACUCCACUUAUUUUGCUCUGUAGAAAAAUGAAAUACCUGUAAAUUAAACAUAUUAAUGCUUCGAUAUUCUGUUUGCUACAAGAUGAGGUCCAAGAAUCUUCAGAGAAGAAUUAGCUUGUUGAUAUAGUGCUACAUAUGAUUCUUGCUCAUUGCAUACAUUGUGAUGGAAUGAGCUUCCCUGUCCAACUAACUACUAAGCCCACCCUGCUCAGCACGAAUACAUCAUAAGCAGAAGGAUAUUCUUCUCUCCGUACAAAUCUGCUACAACACAGGCUAGCUUGUAGAGAUCUAUGAGAGAACCUGUGCGGUUGCUGAAAACUUGCAAAGCGUGUCUUGCUCUUUUUAGAACAAAACAAAAAAGAAAAACACGGAUGGAGCUGUCCUGUUUGAAAAGCAAAUAGAAACUGUGCCUUAGCAAAAUAUGCAUAAAUAUAUUUUUUAAAAACUAUGCAAAAAGAAAGUGUAUAAGAUGUUUGCGUACAAUACAUACGGCUACACGGGAAUACAACUAAUUAACUUCUCAUUUAAAACUAUUAUCGCGUUACCAUGACUCUUUGUCAAUUGUAGUUGGCGUUGUUGUGUGAGCGUCUACAUGACCCAUCAAACAUUAUAAAAUACAUUUUAAAAAAGGCUAAAUGGAGAGAGGGGUGUAUGUGGACAGUAAUUUUAGAAAAGCGAGUUAACAAGUCUCAAUAUCUAGGAGAGAUUCUAAGACUAUUCUCAACUGCAGUUUUUAAAAUCAUUUGAUUAUCCUUUUGACUUAUUACCACUAGCAUUAUUUUGUUGCACAAACUCCUCGGUUUCAGUGGUGAUACGUCAUGUGUGGCAUUAUUGCCUUCUCCAAUAUAAUGUAUACACUAGAAUGUUAUUGUACCGAUUAGUACAAUGCAAGAGGCAUCAUUUCAUAAAUUAUUUGAACAAUUCAGAGCCACUAGAUUAUUUUCUAGAACAUUGUAAAGGUGGUGAAAUGUUUUGUUUAAGUGACUAUAUGAUAAUUUAUUGGAUGGACACUUGCAUUUAAAUGAAAGGAUUUAUAUUUAUUAGAUUUGAUAUUUGAAGUUGUUGAUGUAGGAUACUGCUAAAUACUAUGCGGGUAAAAUAAAUAAAUAAAUAAAUUUGUGCUGAAAAACUACCAUUGUCUUAAAUGUGCAAUGUAAAAAAAUAAAAUUAAAUACUAAUGGUUAAGAUUUUCUUUUUCCCCUUCGUAAAUACAAUAAGCAUUCAGAAUAUAUUUAUACUGCUCUGUAAGUUUGUGUUAAAAAUAUAAAAAUAUAUAUAUUAUUUGUUUUAAUGUCUGACAUUUUCUGAAAAUAAGGAAAAUACUAUGUGUAUCUUUCAGUAACAUUUGAAUUAUUCAUCACAC